ACAGAACGGGGGUCAAGCAGUUGAGGAAAGGGCGCCCUUGAAGCGAGGGUCCUGAGAAAAAAGUGGGGAGCGGGGGAGAUUAGGACCAACCAACCUAUGACGCAGGGGGAGACACAGGGGCAGCGUGAUGCCCAUGUAGAUAUCCCCCCCCCCGCGCGCGCCUUGUUUCUGAUUUCAAUUCCCCCUCACCUUUUCCUCCCUGGCAGGGAGCCAUUCUGGGGUCCGCCUCAGGUGCCCAAAUAUAUUGGGCCGGCCCUGAGGGGCGAGCAAAGUAAGGCGGCGGGAUUGUCCUCCUCAGCGCUAGCCUACCUUUUUGUGUGUGGCCCGUUUCCAAAGCCAUUCACCUCCCCCGUUUCUAAAAACUUCUGGACCACACGGCGACUUCCAGCUGUUGCCCGUUGGGCGGUGCGCUCGCUUUUUUAUAUAUAUAUUUAAAAAGCACACGGCUAAAAAGGAGGGUCACGUUGCAAAAGAAACGGGGCUUUUGGAAUCGGAGCCCCUGGAGAGCCGGAAGCCCUGGGAAGUGGGGCCGCCCGGCGCGCACCUCUCCCUCUGCUUCCCCGCGGCGGAGGGGGCUGGAGCAAAGGGUGCUUGGGCCGGUGACGCGCCAUUGCCGCCGCCGCCGCCGCUGCCUGGCUCUCUGGCUCCCUCCCUUUCCCCCCGCGUGGCCUUCCUGUGCUGCCUUGCGGGGGCGGCCCCGCCUGCAGCUGCUGCUGCUGCGCGGAACUCGCCUGCGAGAAGAAGGCAAGGCGUGGAGAGGAGAGGAGAGACGCGGCGCGCUUUCUGCGGGGCUCGCUCGGGGACUCCCCUGCCUCCUGCUUGCCGCCGCGAUGUUGGGGGUGGCGGCCGGCGUGACGAACAGGUAAGCCGCCGCUGACAGCCCGCGAGCGAGCGCUUUCCCCAUUCAUUAAUGCAAAAGGCUGGGGGGCUCCGUGCGCCGCCCUCCCCAGUCUCCUUCCCGCUCUGCCUCCUCUCCCCGAGCAACUUCCCCGCAGGCGGGCAAAAGGCAUCCCCGCGGGCAGGAUGAGCCCGCCGCGCCCUCCUGCAGCAGCAGCGGCGGCGGCGUCGAGAGCGGGACUGUGCGCUCUCUCCAGAGGGCGCGCCGAGGUUGCGGUGGCGGCGGGCUGGCGGGCGCGAUUUAAGGGACGGGAACUGGUCGGGGGGGGAGGGGGAGCCACGCGGGAAGAGAUGCGGGGUGGGGUGGAGAAGAGGGGCUGCCUGGGAAAGAAGCCGCCUGGACUCCAGCGCAUCUGGAAGGGAGCAGAGAAGAGAGUUCUGUUUUGUUUCUGGGCGCAAGGGAUCAUGGAGGAAUGGCGGGAUGUUGCAAACCGGGGCUGGCAGGACUUUUCCGCGCCGCGGUUGCAGGCGAGUCGAGGUGGGGGGGGAGGGGGACCCUUUUGCAUUCGAAGAAGGAGCCUCCCGUCGGUCACACGGGGACUUUCUAAAGUUGAAAAGCAGUGAAUAAGGAGUUCGGUUAAGGUAGCCUUAUCCUGGGAAGUUAGGCGAGGCGUUUCUGGGCUUGUUCUCCCCUCUCCCAAUUCUGCACGGAUUGCAAGGCGACAUCAUUGAAGGCAGCCUUGCAAGCAACUCCCUUAAAACAAGGACUAGCCUGCAGAACUUUUUAUCUGCUCACCUAAGCUGGGUGAUGAUGGUUGGCUUCUCAAGUGAUUAGACUUGGAGCAAAGGAAGAAAGGAGGACAUCUGACAUGAGGACAUUCCAUCACAGACCUUCAGAUUAGGGUUGGUGAACAACUGCACACUCAUAUCUUAUCUUGGUGCUUUACCUUAAAUUAUACAUAUAUUUUUCCAAAUGUGACACUGAAAGAAGAAGUCCCAACUGCUUGAAGGGUGCCUCAAAUAGUGUGCACCUCCCUCAUAGAUAAUCUACUUCCAAUAUUUUUAUUUUAUUUAUUACAUUUAUAUGUCACCCAUCCUGCCAAAUUUCAUUGGGUGUUUAUCUAGACAAUAAAAUACAAGUAAUAAGUCACAAACAGCCAAAAAGACCAGAAAAAAUGGACAUAAACUUCCCCUGCUUUCUGGUUAGUGUAGAGGCAGUUCCUUUUCAGGCAAGUGACUAUUUACAAGCCUGUUUUUCUGCAUGUUGCUGCUAAGAAGUGGAGAGUUUCACAAAGGGCUUUCUUGUGGAACUGUGGCAUCUAUUCCUUGAAAUGUUCUGAAACAAGUGGGGUGUGUUGGAACUUGUGGGAAAGUUCAUGGCUCGGUUGCUCUUUAAAAUAAGGUCACCCUCACCCAGCAGACAGAGACUUCUGACAAUCCGCUGCUUCACAUUUUGUGUAGCACUCAUGUUUGCUGUGGGCACACUGUCAGAAACAUGGGUGCUCCCUGCUGCAAAUGUACAACUUGUUAAUGCCCACUGUAUGUUCUUAAAACAUUUGUAUGUCGUGGCCUAAUCAGGUCUCCUAAGCACCUGGUACUCAGGUUGUCUUGUCUUAAUAGUUUUCCAUCGUGAAAGUGUGUAUGACCUGUCUCCCUUUCCUCACGAAGUUUACACUUCUGGAAGAAUCUGAAAGGAUUGCAUACUUUGUGCAUUUCUGGAUUCCAAAGUUCCCAGGAUCCUAAGUAACAGCAUUUCCUCUUCUGCAGAUGUCAUCUGGUCAGGAUACUUUCCCAUAACAUCUGUUCCUGCAGAUAAUAAUAAUAACCACAGCUGCUUGUGGUGCAUGAAGAAACUCUAGACUGCAUGGAUAGGGUGUGAAAAGUAGCCUAAAGUUUUCAGUUCCCACUUUUGCCAUUGCCCUGCACACAUGCUCCGGGAUUAACACACUAACUGGGUUGUUGCUGGUACAGAUUACUACAAAUUGCAUUCUGUCUUGGUUCUGGCCUUCAGGGCAUAAUCCAAGAUUCUAAUUCUUGGAUCCUACCAAAUUCUAAACAGCUUUGGCCUCCUCCUCUAGGGGCCAUAAUCAGGGACACCAGUAAGUUUUAAAAGAUUGGGGAAUCAGUCCAUAAACACAUAUAUACGUAAUAUUUGCAUGUGCAAAUAUCUACCUAUAGAUGCAGAGUUAAAUGUCAAAGGAGGCAAGCCAAUCAAGUUCCAAUCCAAAUCAGUACGGUUCAGUUCUUAAAUUAGUUUGCAACCUACCGCAGAUCAGCCCAAAUCAGUAACCUUCCAUUGAAACCCUCAGUUCAUUUCCUAACAGAUCUUACUCCAAAUCAGUUGUCCUUCAGUUAUCCCCAUUCAUUACUCUUCAGAUAUAGUUACCUUAAAUUAACUUAUACCUUCAAAUUAAUAUCCUAUCAGUAAUCCCAAUUCAACUUCCCUCAAUUACAUUUCACUCAAAUACAUUAUGCUAACUAUAUUGUCAGAUGAUCCUUUUCCUGUUGCUUGCUGAGGUUGAAAUCAAACUGUGUGGCAAAGGAAUGCCCUUCAAAGCACCAGUGAUCAGCUGAUGCUUUGGUCAUAUGAAGCCCCUUGAAAAGUGCUCUUCAAGACCCAGUGACCAUCUGACACAUUAACCCCUUGCUCUUGUAAUGCUGCGUGGUUCAGGUGCAUAACAGGGAGUGGAGGAGACGGGUGGGGAGUAUGCAAUUCCAUAGUCUUCUCUUGAUCUCUUAGCUGGUCAAAAUAUUGCCCUUGUUAUUUUGGUAAUAGCCUACUGAAUGGGAGAUGCUGACUCCAGGGGCAAUAAUCUCAGUUUUAGUAACCCCAGAAGCUUGCUGCUGUGGAAUCAGAACAUUUUCUGAAAGGAGAAAGACAGGAUCUUCCCAAAUAUUGUCCUUGGGAAAUAUUGGUGGACUAACUUGGUUCAUUUUCAGAGUGUGAAUGACCACUGAAUUUGGUAUUGGCAAGACAUUUCCAUCCUAGUCAAAUUGCUUACUCUGGACGUGCAAGCUUGUUUCAUUGCUGGAAGGAUCAGUUACUCCUGCUAUUGCAUAGCACAUCUACCAUAGCAAUUUUUUUUGCUCUGAAUGAUCUGUUGGUGACUGAUCCAACAUCUUGGAUGUGCCAGGAUGAGUCAGCUAGAUUGCUUUUUGGUCUUCUAACAUAGGGAGCUGCCUCGGAUUCACAUAAUUGUAGAGUUGGAAGGGACCACGAGGAUCAUCUAGCUGCCCAAACUCCUACAACACAGGAAUCUUUUGCCCAACGUGGGGCUUGAACACACAACCUGAAGAGUCUCAUGAUGUACCAACUGAACUAUCCUAGCUAUCUUAGUCACCUUAUAUGGAGUCACACCAUUGGUCCAUCUUGCUCAAUGUUGUCAGUACUGACUGUCAGCUGCUCUCCAGGGUUUCGGACAGCAGGCUCUCCCAGACCCCUUACCUGGAGAUGUUGAGCAUUGAAUCUGGGGGCCUUCUGCAUGCAAGUAGAUGCUUUAUAUUACUAAUCUGUAGUCACAUCCCUGUAAUUCCUGGUGGAAUUGCAUUUCUCCAAGUGUGAGUACAAUGGUUCUAUACCGGCGCUGUGUAAGCAUUCCUAUAAAGUGAUAAUAGUAAAGGUUAAUGAACCAGAGCCUGGGACACAGUGAUUCAUUCAUACUCUCCAGCAGCUUGGGCCAGCAUUCUAAAUUGCAUCCUUCACUACUGGUAGAAGCUUGCUUUCUUGUGAGGAGAAAAAUCUGGCGUACGGGUACUAUGCACAUGUUUCGAAUGUGAAUUGGUUUGUUUAGAAAUCGCUGUCCCUUGAACUGUCCAGUCAAGUCCAGACUUACCGUAUUUUUCGCUCUAGAAGACGCACCAGACCACAAGACGCACCUAGUUUUUGGAGGAGGAAAACAAGAAAAAAUAUUCUGAAUCUCAGAAGCCAGAACAGCAAGAGGGAUCGCUGCACAGCGAAAGCAGAGAUCCCUCUUGCUGUUCUGGCUUCUGGGAUAGUUGCACAGCCUGCAUUCACUCCAUAAGACACACACACAUUUCCCCUUACUUUUUAGGAGGGAAGAAGUGAGUCUUAUAGAGCAAAAAAUACGGUACUUCUGUUUCUCUCCCUUUAAAGUUAGAUUGACUCAUAUGGGGGUGGGGAGAGAGACUGUAGCACAAACCUAUAGGAGUUCUGUGGCCCAAUAAGCUAAACGCACUAGCUUUGUGUGGCUCACCUGGUAAAGCAGGGGUGGGUAAACCGAUUUCAGCCACAGGGCCACAUUGCCCUCUGGGCAGCCUUACAGGGGCCACAUGCCAGGUCCAAGGGCAAAAGUGGGUGAAUUGUAUCUUUGUACAGGAGGCGAGUUUCUACGCAAAGUCACAUGCCCCUCGGCACAGUGGGUCAGUACAUCUUGCUGUUAACCAGAAGGUUGGUGGUUCAAGCCCAACCAGGGAUGCCUGUGGGCAGGAUUCCUGCAUUGCAGGGGGUUGGUCUAGAUGACCCCUGAGGUACCUCCCAACCCUACAGUUCCUCUGUGAUUCUAAGUCAUAUUCUGUCUGUAGAAUUUCAGAGGAUGAGCUUCACUUGUGCAGACCGGUUACGUGUGAUGUGUUCAGAAUCCUGUGCAAAAACGUUCUUUGGUAAACACUCAGAACAGGCUAUAAUAAAGAUAUCUCAAAGAAAGGAGACUGCGUGCCGCCUUGUCUAACAUGCAGUCAACAGGAAUUGCAUGUAAGCUUGCCAGUAGCCAAGCCUUUCGCCUCAGUUCUUUGUCGGUUGUUUGUUUCACUUGAAUUGAAAGUUGGGGGCAGCAUAGGAUGCCUCAAAGUGUUCAGCCAGCUUCAAUCCACCAGGGUCAUGUUGGGACCGUGAGAAUGAACGUGAAUUCCUUGUCACUGAUGUUGGAACUAAACAUUUAUCCCCCACUCCCCUCCCCAAUUGGAGAACAGGCCAGUCCUCAUGAAUACAGUGGUUGUGAAUUCAGGCAAUGUGAACUCAAUGAGUGGGAGAGCUGUUGUCCAUUUACUGGAAAAAAUAGAAGCUGUGAUUUUAUUUUAUUUUGAAGAAUGGAACUAGGAAUAUCUCCUAAGGAAUUGCCUUCGCAGAGCUGUAGUUCCUGGCCAGUUCAGAUGGCAACACCUGAAAGUUGGCCGUUCAGUGUUUGGAUAUGAGAUGAUAUGGCCAAUUUACAUGGUAAUUUACCUGAGUGGGUGGCAUCUGAAGCCGCUGUCACAACUUUGGCUACCCUGGCCCCGAGGCAACAUGCAGACCUUUAAAUAUAGUACAGUGGUACCUUGGGUUAAGUACUUAAUUCGUUCCGGAGGUCUGUACUUAACCUGAAACUGUUAUUAACCUGAAGCAUCACUUUAGCUAAUGAGGCCUCCUGCUGCCGCCACGCUGCCGGAGCACGAUUUCUGUUCUCAUCCUGAAGCAAAGUUCUUAAUCAGAGAUACUAUUUCUGGGUUAGUGGAGUCUGUAACCUGAAGCGUAUGUAACCCGAGGUAUCACUGUAUACAGUUCUCCUAUCUGAAUCAGUGCAUAUAGGGUGAAGGCAAGAAGAUAACUGUCAGGGCAGGACGAGCACGGGUGCAGGAGAGAGAGGUGUAAUCCCAGGACAGCAGGAGAGAUGACAAUGCAAAGAUGAGUCUAGCGACAGAGGAUUCCAGAGGCCGUGUCAGGCCCCAGGGACGUGUCAGCAGGGCAGGUCCAAAGGCUGGGCUCGAGCCCGCAGGGGUGUGCGCGAGAGGACCGAGGAGGGGUUAAGGAGUUGGUGGGCGGUCAAAUGUGGCGGAGGGCCGAGAGGGCCAGUCCGCCCGCAGGGCAGUCUGUUCCAAGUCAGGAGGGGCGAACCAGCGGGCAGAAAGACCCAGGAAAAAAAAAGGGGACAGCAAGCCUAUGAAUUCAGAGGGGAUGUCCUGCAGGCGGGGGAUGAGAAUGACAAACCUUAUAUGAGAGACAGGCGUUGGUCUUUUGUGAGCUGAGACUUGAGGCAGCCCUGACAAUAACAUUCCAAAAUAAUGAGUUCUAUAGAAUCUUCAUGAAUAACACAUAUAUUGCAAUUUUCCUGUCAUAGCUUAAACACUCAUGUGUCAUCGUCCCCUGCCCUCAAUGGAUCUUGUCUGUUUUUAUGAAUUACAGUCAUACCUUGGAUCCCGAACGCCUUGCGAGUCAAACGUUUUGACUCCCGAACGCCGCAAACCUGGAAGUGAGUGUUCCAGUUUGCGAACAUUCUUUGGAAGUCGAAUGUCUGACGCAGCUUCCGAUUGGCUUCAGGAGCUUCCUGCAGCCAAUUGGAAGCUGCGCCUUGGUUUCCGAACAUUUUGGAAGUCAAACGGACUUCCGGAACGGAUUCUGUUCGACUUCCGAGGUACCACUGUACUUUGAUUAGACUCUAAACUUACAUGUUUUUGAUCUGUUAUCAUUGAGAUAUUUAUACAUGAACAGCUGUUUUCUGGUGAUUGCAAUUCUCAAAAGUACGUUUGGUAGGGAAGAUACCAGAUAGUAUUUGUCUAGUACCUUUCCUAGGCAUGGAGAACCUUAACACUGAUUCAGAUGUUGAUUAUUGACGAAGUAAGAAUCCCCUUGGCAGUGAACCAAGUCAGUUAAUAAUGUUUGUGGGAGAGCAUAUUUGAAUGCAUCUUCAUGAAUGGGUGACGUUAGCACAUCAAAGGAGAAAGCUGGACCGAAAGCUUUUCUACUUUGAUGGCCCAAGUUCAUACACACAAAGAGAUUUUAAUGUGCAGUGCCUUCACACUUGCAAUCCUAACAUGCGUGUUGGAGAUGGUGAAGUCCGAUGCCCAUGUUUUAUUGCUCGCUCCCUGGAACCGGCUGUUGCUUAAAACCUUCCCUGCAAAAAGACCAUUGCACUUUUCUUAAAUGCAGUGUUACUACAUUGCCUAAUUGGAAGGAUGAAAUAUGGAGUCUCAGUCAGAAACUCUAACCCUGGGACGUCCCAAAAUCGAAAAAUCUAGAAUUGUAAGUCAAAUAGAAAGGCUAGCUCAUCGUUGCUGAGUUGUGGUAUGCGGCACUGGAGAAUAGGUAAAUAAUGGAUUUGAGGUUAGACGUAGCCGAAAGGAAGCCAGUAAUAAAACAGUCUAAUUGGUAACACAUGGUACCCACAUACUUGAGAGUUUUCCAGUUCUGAUGCACAGCUAUAUUGGACCUAUAGUAGAUAAUUGAGACUCCGUUUUCCUCAGUAUGGAAGAUCUCUAAGCAUUUCGUAUGGAUCUAUUGCGUAGUAAAUAUAUGAAGAAUUGCUGUGCCUCAGCCAAUAUAGCUAUUGCGUUGGAAAGACACCAGAGUAAGAGAAACUUCCCGAGCAGCUGAGAAGGAUAUUCCUGCAUGUUAGAAGAGCAAAUAUUAACACUGAAGUCUUGUUGAUAGUUAGCUGCAGCCACUCUUGUUUUAAAUGAUGAAGUGGAAGUUCUUUAUUUUGGGCUUGAAAAAGGAUUUGUGAGUAGUGAAGCGUUAGCUAAGAUUGGAUCUCUGCAACCUGGCAUUUGCAGAGGAAUUUGUUUUAAAACAGCACUUUCAUUCUUUAUGUGCUUGUGCUUCGUUUCUUGAUUACCUCAUGCUUGUCUGGUUUACACCAUUUAUGGUGACUAUUGGAAAGCGGUUGCAAGACUUGUUUGCAGCCUACUGAUGGGUGUGUGUGUGUGUGUUUUGCACACAGCUGGUGGGCAGAGACUGUAUGCGCUCAUCCCUUGUUAGUCUUGCUUUUUCUCUCUUUGCUGCGUCCCUGACUGAUGAUCUCUGGAUUGUAAAUUCCUUGGGGCAGGGAUCUACCUCCCUCAUGUAAGUUGAAAAUAGCAUUGCCAAUGGCCAAAUGAAUGGGAUGUUCCCAUACUGCAUUCCCAGCUUGUUGGAAGUCAGUUUGGGGAAAGGGGAGAGAAAUAGAUUCGGCCUUUAUGUCUGUAAGACCAGACUUGCCACUUGCUUGCAACAACAGUUUAGCUAUACAGUCAGUGGCGUAGCGUGUGUUGUCAGCACCCGGGGCAAGGCAAGUAAUUUGCGCCCCCUAACCCGUGGAUUUGCGCACCCUAACCCUAACCCCCAGAUGUUGCGCCCGGUGCGGCCGGGCCCCCCUGCACCCCCCACGCUACGCCACUGUAUACAGUGGUACCUUGGUUUAAGUACUUAAUUCGUUCCGGAGGUCCGUUCUUAACCUGAAACUGUUCUUAACCUGAAGCACCACUUUAGCUAAUGGGGCCUCCUGCUGCCGCCACGCUGCCAGAGCAUGAUUUCUGUUCUCAUCCUGAAGCAAAGUUCUUAAGCCGAGGUAAUAUUUCUGCGUUAGCGGAGUCUGUAACCUGAAGCAUAUGUAACCUGAGGUACGUAACCUGAGGUACCACUGUACGCAGGAAUACAAUGUUACCUCCAUUUUAAUUGAAUUGUACUUGCACAAGGGUGUUGGGGAGAUCAAUAUAUUGUUGUUACCACUCAGAAGAUGGAUAAACAUUGUGGCUGAGAGCUUCCCCUUCGUGUUUGUGGUGCUCUUGGGAACACUUUUGCCAUUUACGCAGACACAUUACCAUACACUUAAAGCUAAGCUGAGAUCCGGGAAGAACAGUACUUUGUUCAAGGCUCAAGCUGCAUGGUGAUGUUUUUCUAAGAUGCUUUUAAAAUUUUUAUUUCUGUUAGGCUUACCCGCGCCCCCCCCCCCCCAUGAGCUCUAAAGUUUGUAGAGUAUAUUGUCAGAAGAGUGCUGAGUACUGUGCUGAGAAAAUGUUGCCGAGAAACCUCCUUGUUUAACUCAUGUUAAACAGUUUGUGAUUUUAGUGCCAAUCUGUAGAGUUGGAACAAUUCACUCCAGCAUAUUUGCCUCCUGUAUUCAAGAUUUAACUGUGUACAGUACUCGGAUGCACUUAAUCUGUGUUCAGGACCGUCUCCAGGAUCCUUUUUACCAGUUUGUUAAGUGAGAAACCUGGUUAGUUUUAACCGGACCACAGCUAAUGUAAGAACUGAUGUGCUGCCUAACUGUAGCUAAGGCAGAAACAGCGAAUUCACUCCAGGAAGGGGACAGACUGUGGGGAGGACACAGACAAAUCCAGUGGCUUACUUCCGGUUUCUUAUUCAGAAUUAAGAGAUUAGCCACUGUGUUCCUGUGCUGGCCAUUACAGUAAUGGAUCAAUAGGUUGUGGGGUUUUUUUGGUGCUAUAGCCUUUUAAGAAAAUGCAAAUUGUUCUUAAGAUAUAUUGAAAAGCUAGGUAGCCAUAAAGAACUUCCUUUUGAAAAUUUAACUCGGUGUUCAUGAGUCGCUGUGCAAAACUUGUUGCUUUCUAGUCCGCUGCAAUUCCUCCUAUCGCCCAAACACGCAGCAACAAAACAGGAACUUCUUAGCUGCAGGCCUUGCUCAUUUUCAGCUCUUAAACCUCAUGCAAAUAGUUGAUGUGGCAGCAUCUCAGCAUGGCGUGGCUUGUGACUAAUGGGGGCGAGGUGAUGGUGGACCUCUUGCAGACUUCCUUUUGGAAGUAGAUAUGUCAUCUGCUAGGGUGGUGCUAGUUGCUAUGGGUCUUCAGUGUUUUUAUGUUUUAAAAGGGGAAGUACAAGAAACAUUCUCUGCCCUAGAACCCAUUAGUGCAGGAAUGAGUUAUGCUUACUUAGUGAUAAGAGAUACCUUCUGCACUCACAGAGGCAAUAUCUUUUUGUUAUUGCUUAACCUGUUUCACAGCCGAAGUGGUAGCCCUUUGUCAAGACUAUACCACUUCAGCCUGCUUGAAUGCUUCUCCGUGUAACAAGAAUUGCACACAGCGAAAGCUAAGCUAGAGCUCUUCUUCCUGACACCUAGUUUUCUCUGGAAGAUUUUCCAUUUUUGAAUGUGCGCUCAGUCAAUGUGAACUCUUGCCUGAAGUGGUAUGUCCCAGAUACAUCUUCACCUUGAUGAAAACCAAGCUGGAGAGGGGUUUGUGGAAUAUGCCUAGGCUUAAGAACUACAGUGGUACCUCGGGUUACAUACACUUCAGGUUACAGACUCCGCUAACCCAGAAAUAGUACCUUGGGUUAAGAACUUUGCUUCAGGAUGAGAACAGAAAUCGUGCUCCAGCGGCGCGGUGGCAGCAGAAGGCCCCAUUAGCUAAAGUGGUGUUUCAGGUUAAGAACAGUUUCAGGUUAAGAACUGACCUCCAGAACGAAUUAAGUACUUAACCCGAGGUACCACUGUACAGAGUUUGCAGCACAAGGAGCUGGAAACUGUAUUUUUUGAUCUCCUGAUCUCCAAAAUGGUUUUUGCCACCGGUGUGGUAUCAGUUGCUGCUUAACUCUACUUUUAUUGGAGACAUUCUGUCUUCUGACUCUGUGAGUAAAGCUGUUUCAUAUUUAAAUAUAAGGAUUCUAAGAACAUGUUGUCUUUCUCCACCCUCUUCAUUCAAGAAUUCCUUCCAUUGCUACUGUCCAGGGGCUGUUGCUAAUACAAUGCCAAAAAGAAGGGAGCAACAAAAUAGGACCACGCCUUCCUUUUUCUGUUGGUUGUUCUUAAGUAUUCCUCUUCAGCAAAUUCCAGAGUGGGUGUUCCCUUCAGGAAUGGGAUUUUUUUCUUCCAGUACUAGAAGCGAUUUUUACACAGUGCCAACAGCCCUGGCUGCCUUCUGAAACAGAUUGCUGUCCUGAAAGUGAUCAUGGGCUACGCUAGUAGGAGCAAACAGACUCAUGGCUGACUGGCUUUAAUUUCCAAAUUCCAGACUAUGUGAUAAUGAUAGAAACAGAUUUUGUUUGCUGCUGCUAUUCGGCGUCAGGUGUGGGUGUCAGGUGCUUCUCUUUUAAAACAAAUAAAUCACAUGAAGCCAUCUGGCAUUGUAGUUUUUGCACAAGGCUCCCCAGAAUGAAUUGCUGUGAAAAUUCUAAUUCUUGGCCUUUUGUGACAGCAUCAUUCCACAGAAAGUGGACCUCUCAGGAGCUUUUGGGAUGAAGCUCAGAGUUGCUAGUAAGCUUAGCCUCAUUGCAUGCACACCCUGCAAGCAGACAAGAUACCCUCACGCAUCUGAGCAAAGAGCCUAACACUCAUGUUCUCAUCUUGCAUUGUUGCAGGACAGUGGGGUUUCAAUGAACCUAAGUUUUCAUUUCAUCCAUUUAUCUUGGGCCUGCACAAUGUACCAGCCCUCCAGCAAAAUAUGGCAGCCCACCAGGGUCUUUCCUGUUCAUACUGUCUGCCUAGGGCUGCAAAGAGCAGCUGGUAUAAUAUCAUAAUACUCUAGUGGUUUGCAUUUGACUUGGCAGGUUGCAAGUCUGCAGGCCUGAUUUAUCUGUCUGCAGCUCAUCUUAAGGAUUAUCUCUUUGGAAAACACUUUGCAAUUCUUCCAGAUGUCUUCAUAGCCCUUCUCCAUUGCCCAGAGGUGCCACGUCACUUUGAAACAAGUCAUCUUUUGAUUUUGACAAAAAGAAUGUUAGUUUGCAUGACGAAGCUGGGAAAGGUAGUUUUGGCUUAAGUAUCCCUUCAGGGAUGCGGGUGGCGCUGUGGGUUAAAACACAGAGCCUAGGACUUGCCGACCAGAAGGUCGGUGGUUCGAAUCCCUGCGAUGAGUGAGCUCCUGUUGCUCGGUCCCUGCUUCUGCCAACCUAGCAGUUCGAAAGCACAUCAAAGUGCAAGUAGAUAAAUAGGUAGCACUCCGGCGGGAAGGUAAACUGCGUUUCUGUAUGCUGCUCUGGUUUGCCAGAAGUUGCUUAGUCAUGCUGGCUACAUGACCCAGAAGCUGUACGCCAACUCCCUCGGCCAAUAAAGCGAGAUGAGCACCGCAACCCCAGAGUCGGCCACGACUGGACCUAAUGGUCAGGACUCCCUUUACCUUUACCUUAACCUUUAUCCCUUCAUCACUCCCCUUUUUUAGAAACAGAUGCUGACAGCUCCUUCUCUUCAUCUCCCAACCAGGAAAGUUGCUAUGCAGAGCGUCAGACUACUUUACUGCUUUUAGGCGAAUGUGCACUGUCAGUUAGAUAGAAUUUGAAAGAAAUCCAAGCUACCAAAUUGCUGUUUGGGUUACUGCCAUGUUUUUUUUAAUCUCUACCUGCCUAUCUUGGAAGUACAAAGACAAACUGACCGCAAAAGAGGUGGUAUCUGCUUAGGAGGUUAACCACUGUAAAACAUUUCUUGCAUUUUUGUAGCAGCUGCUGAAGAUGUCUCCUGCAUCUAUGCCCAUUUCAAAUCUGUUUGGUAAUUCCCUUCCUUUUCAAGCUUUAUCCUGUUCUCUUUCUUUUGAUCGGUUGCUUUGUUGUUCAUAUUUUUGCUACUUGGUGGCAGUGCAGGCCUCAGCUUUGGAAAGCUUUCGUGAUUUCUCUUGCUGGAGCUCAUGGCUGAAGAGUGCAGAAGGAAUUGGUCCUCUACAUUGAUAUUUGCAGUGUUGUGUAAUGCAGCAUUAUAAAGGAUAUUCUUUCCAAAACCAUAUUUUAAUGGAGACACAGUAGGUAGGAACUUGAAUGGUUUUAGGGUUUUCUUGAAAGGUUGAUUAAGGUUACAGAACGAUCUAGUGGAUGCUGCAAAGACACCAUGAGAGACCUUGCCUUUUGUACAUGGUGUUUUCAUAUAUUAAAUAUUUAAAAUCUAUAACUGUACGACUUGUAUAACAGGUGUGUGGGGUGUGUGUGGAGAAGUGGCCUAGGAGGAAAUGUGGCCUCCAAAGCUAAUUCCCUACCCAAACUUCUUUUAAAUUGUGACUGAUCUUGAGCUGGGGGAUUGGGCCAGUGUUCCCCAAGCUUGGGUUUCCAGCUGUUUUCAGACUACAAUUCCCAUCAUCCCUGACCACUGGUCUUGCUAGCUAGGGAUGAUGGGGGUUGUAGUCCAAAAAUAGCUGGAGACCCAAGUUAGGGAAACACUACUCUAGACCCAGUUUUGAUUCUCAAGGACCCAACGUUGAAGGGAAACAAGGGGCAAAUGUUUUGCUUUUCUUUAGCCUCCCAGCCCUAGUAAACGCCCCCGUAUAUCCUGCAACCUGCCCUCCUUGCAAUUUGAGGCUCUACACCUAACACACCCAUUUUACGAUCAGAAGAAGUGAUGUACUACCAGAUGUCAUUGCAGGUAGUGUAAUCAUAUUGCAUCUUUAAAAAAAAAUUAACAUUGUUGUCCAUGUGCUUUCAUAGGAGCAAUGCUGCUUCCUUUCCACUGACAUGAUCACACUCUACUGCUAUAACACGGUUCUGUCCACCAACUAGUUAACAAAUAACACAGCGCUAGGUUGUAUGUAGGCAUUUCAACAGUGUGUAUGAGACUCUGGUGACAUACCAUUGACCUUAUAGCUUCCUAGGCACCCUGUGUGAUGCUGGGGCAAGACAUUUCUUCCAACUUAAUCUUCCUCUCUUGGGUACUUAUGCAACUCCAGCUCAAGUCAAUACUUCUUGCAUAAGAUUUCGUAUUUCUGAAAUCACUGCAUUUCUCAUCAUUUGGGUUUCUUCUCUGUACAUUAUAAACACAAUUCAUUCCAAACCCUGAAAUAGUCUAGCAUGUAAUCUUGAUUAAUUAAUUUUAUCUACGUAAAACUGAAUAUCCUGUCCUUUCUGUUGCCUGCAUACUGCUCAGUGCUAACAACCAUUGAAAUUAGCUAUAACAUACAUACAGUACAGUGUGAUACAGGAGUGUGGAGCAGAUUGAAAACAUUGGAUAAAAACCUAUAAAUCUAUUAAAACAAUCACCUGCCCAAACAGGAAGGGUCUUGCCAUUCUACAACACACCAUAAAAGAGGAAGCCAACUUGACUUCCCAGGGUAGAGUCCCACAAUUUAGGUGCAGCUACAGGGGCAACUUUUCUCUGUUCCCUGGCAACUGAGCCUUUACCAUCGAUGAGAAACAGAGAAAGUCUUCUCCAGAUAUGGACAGGUGGUGGUCCCUAAACUAUCCUGAACCUAAGGCUUUUAGGCCUUGAAAAGGUCUUCAUCAACACCUUCAAUGAUGCCCAGAAGCAAGUUGGUACCAGUGUAACCCUUGCAGGACAGAUGUGAUAUGAUUUCAUUAGUCUUGCUCCUGCGUUCUGGAUUAGUUGUGCUUUCUGAAGUCUCUUCAAAGGUGCUGUGUUACUCUGGGGAUUUCACAGUGGCUUAAAUGAUGCUCCCAAGUACUCUCCCAGCCGGACUGACAUCAGCUUAGCUAUAACAGCAUUGUGUGCACUUGGAGCCAUUUAGGAUUUUUCAUCAUGGGCAUCUCAAUAGCUCAGAAGCAGGAUUGCAAGUUGUAACAAAUGGAGAGUGGCAGGAUCUGCACAGAGAACGCUCUCUUUAAAAGCCUUUGCCCCACCUUCUUUGUGCUUAGGGAGUUUUUCUGCCAAGCUGGCAUGUUGCUGGCAUGGCUGUUCUGCUGUUAUGAUACCACACUGCUACUUGGGUGGGAACUUCAGGGAAAUUGCAUGUUUGGCUCAAGAAAACCACCAGCCUGUCAUUGCCUUCCUAUGCGCCUGGAGUCCCAAAAACACUCUUAUGCAUUUUGUGGAUUGGAGUAAAUGUGGUUGUAUUUUCUGCUUGGAUUUAUGAUUGCAUAAAGAGUCAGAAGUGUGCAAAUAAAACCUUUCUCCCAUGCUUUUAUUUUUUAUUUUUUGGUAGUAUUGGUAGUUAAAUGCUAUGUUCACAGAGAGAGAAAUGCUUUGCGGAUUAUCUUUCCUGUAGUAAUUAACUUUGCUUUCCUAUUUGCAAUUAGCUUUCAGUGCACAGGAAACGGCUUCCCAUAAAGGGAUAAAAAGGGGGGGGAAACUGAUGUGGAAAUGCAUUUGUUAGGAAUAUUAGAAUAAAUGGGUGUGAUUAAGGAUGAAAUAUGUUAUAGCCCAAAGGAACGGCAUGACUAAGAGAGCAUUUACUCAUAUUAAAGAACUAAAUCUAUUUUGUUUUGACAUUGUAAAGUGAGAAAGGUUUGGGUAGCAGCAGUAUAAUAGAAGCAAGUUUUCAAGAAUAAUUGAGUCAUACUGUGAAGUUAUAGUUGCUCAUUCCAAAUCUGUUAUGGGCAGACGGCUUUGGAUUCGUCUCUUUUCCAUAGAAAAUAACCCUUUACCAGCACGGUGGCGUUUUAAAAAGGAGAUUACUAAGGUUUACAGCCCGCAAAAGAACUCUUCAUUUCUAAGUUAAAACCAAUUGAUUGAUUGAUUAAAUCUCACAUAACACUUUUGUCCUACAAAAUAGUUCUGCACAAAUGGUUAUUUGGGAGAGAAUUUCUGGCUUUAUAGGGAUGCGGGCUGCGCUGUGGAUUAAACCACUGAGCCUCUUGGGCUUGCCGAUCAGAAGGUCAGCAGUUCGAAUCCCCGUGACGGGGUGAGCUCCCGUUGCUCGGUCCCUGCUCCUGCCAACCUAAGCAGUUCAAAAGCACGUCAAAGUGCAAGUAGAUAAAUAGGUACCACUCUGGCGGCAUUUCUGUGCGCUGCUCUGGUUCGCCAGAAAGUGGAUUAGUCAUGCUGGCCACAUGACCCAGAAGCUGUCUGCGGACAAACACCGGCUCCUAUAGAGUGAGAUGAGCGCCGCAACCCCAGAGUCGUCCACGACUGGAUCUAACGGUCAGGGGUCCCUUUACCUUUUCCUUUUCUGACUUUAUAGAUGUAUAAGGCAAGGAAAGUGUUCCUUGUUUCCUUUUUUUGGUGGUAUAUUGUAUGAAGCCACUUCUUCUGUAAAUACUAGGCAGGUAAACAGAGUGAAGACUGACUCUUGAUAACAAAAUAUUGUUAUGCACAGGAUGCAAUCAGGGUAACUUUGUCAGAGCUACAGGUAUAACUUUGCACAGAAAAAAGGCUGACUCCUGGGCUACAUCAUUUGACACCUCAAUGUCUACCAUAUACCUUACCUGAUGGCAGUGGUGGACAGUUGAGAAGCUGCCAAAUCCUAAGACUGGACCUUCAGAGACCGCAUCUCUUGAGUUCUAGGCUCUCGCAAAUCCUUUUAACUGCAAUAUCCCCAUAGGAAACGGGGCAGUCCUAAAAUCACAGAAUUGCAAAGUUGGAUGGGGUCCUGAAGGUCAUCUAGUCCAAUUUCCUGCAAUGCAGGAAUCUCACCUAAAGCAUCCAUGACAGAUGACCAUCCAGCCUCCACUUAAAAACCAUCUUCCAAGGGAGGCCAUUCCACUGCUGAACAGCUCUUGCCACCAGAAAGUCCUUGCUGAUGUUUAGAAGGAGGCUGGGCGUCCAACUGAGUGCAGUGUGGCUUCAGCGGCCAGCUCCUCCUGAGUGCAAGAGAGGAGGAGCCGCCAGACAUGCUGGGCCCUAUGCUCAGCCUCUUCCUGAUGACACACAUGUGCUGCAUGCAUGACAUCCCAUGCGUUUGACAGCUGCAUGAUGUCACGCGCAUGUCACACAUGUCAAACCGCACUAACUGCCAGAAAGCUCUCCCUGAUGUUUAGCGGCUCCCCGUUUGUGGAAUACUCUCCUAGGGAGCUUCCCUUGGUGCCUUCAUUAUAUAUACAGUGGUACCUCAGGUUAAGUUCCGGAGGUCCGUUCUUAACCUGAAACUGUUCUUAACCUGAAGCACCAUUUUAGCUAAUGGGGCCUCCUGCUGCCGCCGCGCCGCUGGAGCACGAUUUCUAUUCUCAUCCUGAAGCAAAGUUCUUCACCUGAAGCACUAUUUCUGGGUUAGCGGAGUCUGUAACCUGAAGUGUAUAUAACCCAAGGUACCACUGUAUUUUAGGUGCCAGGCGAAAAUGUUCCUCUUCCACUAGGCCUUGGGCUGAUUCAUAUCCUAUAGCUUUUCAAUCAUGUCUGUGAGUGAGGUGUGGGGGUGUGUUAUUGUUUCGUUGUUUUGAUUUAACGAUUUGCUUGUGUUUUAUUCUGCGAACCACCCUGCGAGGAAGGGAAGAAUAUAAAAUAAAUAAAUGCUCAGAAUCUCCUUUCUUGUUCUAAGUUUGUGAGAAUGGAGAGCAUCCCAUGCUAUACCUCAGCUGUAAGGUCUCUCCCCUACCCUGACAGAGGCUGCGAGAGGCUUUGAUGGCCCAGAUAUUAGCCAGAGCUGCAGUGAAGCAGCUUCAGGAGCAGUAGUCGGGAGAUAAAGAAAUGGGAAAAGUGUAGGCUGCCAAGCUAGUGGGAAGAGCGUUGGACUAGGAGGCUGUGUCUCUGGGCUCUGGGAGUCCAGCCAGGAAGCCUUUGGGCACAAGGAAGGAAAGCCUCUAGUGAACCAACUAAUCUGCUCUUGGCAUGACAGUAAGGAAAAGGGGCAAAGAGGAUUAUUAUUGUCUUCCAUAAGGUGAAGCUUUUUAAGGUUUAAUGUUUUUAUAAAUGCUGGAAGCCGCCCAGAGUGGCUGGGGCAACCCAGCCGGAUAGGCAGGGUACAGAUAAUAAAUUGUUGUUGUUGCUGCUGCUGCUGUUGUUAUUAUAUAAUCUUGGAUGGGGAAGAAUUAGGACUAGGAGAGAGGGAGCACUUUGCCAAUGCUGCAAACCCAUCUGUGGGGGACAAAGUAUUCCAGUGAAGUUAACCCCUCCCCUCCCCUGCUGUUGCCCUGACAAAAAUCACCCUCCUGCAGCUGCUGUUGGCCCUGGGAGGGAAACCCCCAUUUGUGCCAGUGGACACUUCCAUUAGCAGGGAGGUUGGGAUCUGUGGUUUUGGUCAUGUCUGUGGUGGAGGAGGAAGGGGUUAACUUGUUGUAUUGGGUCCCUUCAUUCCCCCUUUAACUGGGUAAAUAAAUGCCCUCAUUUCUGUCAUUAGGAAAAGUAGGGAUUCUGCAAAGUGUUGUUCUAAUGAGAGGCUUCCUUUUUAUUUAGAAAGAGAAACUGCGCAAAAUUGAGAGGGGGUAGGUGAGUGUGGGUCUCUUCUUUCCAAAAACGCCACCACUCUAGAGAACAGAAAAGGAAACACUCAUUUUGUACUCCACAAAUGAAUUGUUUCUUAUUAUGAAAUCUUAAAAGUGGCAAAAUGGGUAUGACAGAGCUGGGGAGAAGGAGUUUAACAUCAAACUAUAUAAACCACACACUAUAUAAAGCUCCCAGUUUUUGUAUCUUAAAUAAAACUUGCUAGAAAAUUCAGUGCAUUUUAAACUUCCUAUUGAAUGCUGAAAAGAAGUGAUGCUGUCUGUGGUGGGAUAAUGCCAGUAAUCCUAGACUGGCAACACUUUGCAUUUCUGCUAUGAUUCUGUCAGUGACUUCAAUGGUUUUCUUAAAAAAUUGCUUCUGGAAAGAUGAUGGUGACGUAAUUUAAUUUUGCUUUGUUAUAUAGGUGUCUAGACUUCCAGUUGAGUAUGUGUCUGUUGAGCAAACGUGCUUUGCCUUAAGGCAUGCACGUAUUAUUGUUCUUAAAAUAGGUUGAUCAGCUGGGAAAAAAAUAUGACAAGCUACAUCUGCUGAAAUCCCCUUUCUCCCCAUGUUGGAGCUCUUGCGUAAUUUGGCCACACUACCUUAAAGAAGGGACGCGGGUGGCGCUGUGGGUUAAACCAUAGAGCCUAGGGCUUGCCGAUCGGAAGGUCGGAGGUUCGAAUCCCCAUGACGGGAUGAGUUUCUGUUGCUCAGUCCCAGCUCCUGUCAACCUAGCAGUUCGAAAGCACGUCAAGUGCAAGUUGAUAAAUAGGUACCGCUCCAGCAGGAAGAUAAACGGCGUUUCCAUGCGCUGCUCUGGUUUGCCAGAAGCGGCUUAAUCAUGCUGGCUACAUGACCCGGAAGCUGUACACCGCCUCCCUCGGCCAAUAAAGUGAGAUGAGCUCCUCAACCCCAGAGUCGGUCACGACUGGACCUAAUGGUCAGGGGUCCCUUUACCUUUACAUUUACCUUAAAGAACUGCAAGGCAAAAAUAAAAAAGGGACCCAGAUUUGAGAAUCAGAUUAUUAGAUAGCAUGAUCUUAAGCAUGUAAAUUUAGAAGUAAGCCCCAUUCAGUGAGAUUUACACCCAGGCAAGUGUGUUUAAGAUUGCAAACUAAAUUUCUGAAAUAGUAUAAAGGCAACAGAUAUUAUAGACCUCUGGUUCCAUCUGCUGGAGAGAGAAGUGCUAGCAAGAAGUAAUAGGUUUUCCUUGUUUUGAUGUAGAGAUCUGCUGCCCCGUUUGACCCCAGAGAAGCUCAUUUCUACUCACACAUAACAAUUUCCUACACAGAUACCAUUCCCAAGAAAGCCAAGUGUAACCCCAGGCCCAGCAUCAGAAUUUGGCACCGCUGGGCAGCUGGUUAUGGCUUGAACAUGUUCUGAAUAAGUCAUGAGCGAUACCUUAUUUCUGACCUGAACAAAAUAGGAUUCAGCAAAAGAAUGGAACAUACAAACUGCCUGGAAAUUGCCACUUUCCAGGGAUGGCAAUUAAAAAGGGGAAAUUGAGCCUGACCAGACUUUAGCAAUGAGGCAAAUAUGAUAUGCAUUCUUCACAACAGACUCUUUGUAACAGACAGAUUCUGCAACCUUUCGAAUUGUUAAGGCAGAACAGGAAGAUGGUUUCAGGUGCCGCUCAUCAUUACGGAAUAUACAAUGUAUAUCUGUUAUGAUAUGCAUUUAGCGUUUACGACACACAUGUUAUACUUAUUGACAGAUAUUACAAACUAGCAUGACAGAUCACUAUUCAUUAUGCUUCCUUCCCAUUUAGCAAGGUUAUAAUCUUAAAAUUCCCAGGCCUAUAGAAGAAAUGCUAAUUCUGAGCCACAUGCAGAGCUUGGCUAUUCAACAAAUGCGUAUACAGUGGUACCUCAGGUUAAGUACUUAAUUCGUUCCGGAGGUCUGUUCUUAACAUGAAACUGUUCUUAACCUGAAGCAUCACUUUAGCUAAUGGGGCCUCCUGCUGCUGCCGCUGCGCGAUUUAUGUUCUCAUCCUGAAGCAAAGUUCUUAACCCGAGGUAAUAUUUCUGGGUUAGCAGAGUCUGUAACCUGAAGCAUAUGUAACCUGAGGUACCACUGUAGUUGCAGUCAAUGCAGGUAGUGUCUUAAUCAAUUAGCAUUUAAUUCAUUCUAUACAGUUUGAAAUAGGGACGCGGGUGGCGCUGUGGGUAAAACCUCAGCGCCUAGGACUUGCCGAUCGCAUGGUCGGCGGUUCGAAUCCCAGCGGCGGGGCGAGCUCCCGUCAUUCGGUCCCAGCUCCUGCCCGCCUAGCAGUUCGAAAGCACAAUUAAGUGCAAGUAGAUAAAUAGGUACCACUUUCUAGCGGGAAGGUAAACGGCGUUCCGUGUGCUGCUCGGGUGCCGGUUCGCCGGAGCAGCUUCGUCACGCUAGCCACGUGACCCGGAAGUGUCUGCAGACAGCGCUGGCUCCCGGCCUCUAGAGCGAGAUGAGCGCACAACCCUAGAGUCUGUCAAGACUGGCCUGUACGGGCAGGGGUACCUUUAUCUUUACCUUUAUACAGUUUGAUGUCUAGAUUCUUGUAAGAACUUACAAAGCUGAGGCUAUUAUUUAUCUCAUUGCUCUUUGUAUUUUGUAAGGCUAGUCAGCUUUAAUUUACAUUUGCAUCUUUUGAAAGCAUUAAUAGUAUUUUCCCUUUAGACUAGAACUAAAAGGUGAUACAGGAAGUAUGUCUCCGAACAUAAUGCUUUUUGAAUGUAUGAGUCCUUUGUUCUAUCCUCUACAUUUGCAAAACUGCAAAUAAGCGAUCUAGAGCUUUGUGCCUCAUAACACAGUUUCAAAGGGAAUUUAGACAUAUACGCUGGAAGUAGGUAAGAUUUCUAAGUUCUUGUAGACUUCAGCCAUGUUUCUGAAUGCAGCUGGUUCAUUACGAAAUACCAAGGCUUUAAUCUGCCUCAGAGAGCUUUUGUUGAUAUAUGAUGAACAGAUAGCAUUCGUGUGGCAUGGAGUUAACUAGGCCAUGAUCUGAGGAACACAUAUUAUGCUUGUUGAUUCACCAGACCUUAGGAUGCCAUCAGAGACCUGUGACAUUCUCAGUCAGGUCUGUUUCCGUUGCAUUCCUUUUCAUAGCUUCUGCUGUGAUGGCACCCAGUGGUAGGAUUGUGGAAGCUACAGUAAAAGUAGAUCUAUCUGGCAUCACAGAUUAUUUUACCUGUACCUGUGGAAAGACAGCGUUGUUGCAGCAAUGCCUUACCAUACCUCCAGGGUGAUUCUCACUUUCCCUUUCAUUCUUGGGUGUGCGUACCUCGGUAGUACAAAAUAUUCAAAUAUAUUGGGAGGGGAAAUCUGUGUUAGAAUUGGUCACGGAUCUCUUUUAGAAACUCAGGAGUAACAUCUGAGAAAGGAUCGGGCCAUUGCUUCCAAGGGAAGCUUUUAAAAGGGAGGGGUGCCUUUCACAUCAUCAGGGAUGCCUGAAUUUUAUUUUUUACGUAAAGUAAGAAUUGGCCCUUGCCUAUCUUGCCAGACAUGUGGCUUUCUCCCAAGGUUCUGCUUAUUCAAUAGUACAAAUCUUUUUCCUGUUGACCUCUGAGCCCUAUCUGCUCAUCAUCUGCAUGUGUUUAUGGGCUGUAAAAGAUGCUAUAUUUCAUAACAAAGAGGCAGUUCUCUAGUAGGGCAAUCCUUAUAACCUACAUACUCAGAGCUCUUCAGCAAAUGUGCAGAAGAUAGCACAGACUGAAAUUCCUCAGGCUGAAAUGUACAGUGGUACCUCGGGUUAAGUACUUAAUUCAUUCCGGAGGUCUGUUCUUAACCUGACACUGUUCUUAACCUGAAGCACCACUUUAGCUAAUGGGGCCUCCCGCUACUGCCGCGCCGCCGGAGCACGAUUUCUGUUCUCAUCCUGAAGCAAAGUUCUUAACCCGAGGUACUAUUUCUGGCUUAGCGGAGUCUGUAACCUGAAGCGUAUGUAACCCGAGGUACCACUGUAUAUUGUAGUGGUAGUAGCGGAGCUUUGCCAAGCAUCCCCCGCCAGGCACAUCAUGGCACCCAAAUGAGACACACGAUGUCAGGAGUGCGUGCAGGAGCCAGGCCAUGUGACCAGUAGGGCUUCGCAGGACUGGGGCCUUCCUGAGUUUGUUCUGGGGAGGCAAGGCACGGCCGCACUGGUGAGGCCGCACGGUAACUCACUGCACCUGCUGGCAAGAGCCAGGAAGGGAUAUAAAGUCAGCAUUUCCUUUCGGCUCUUCGUCACAGCAACUUGUUUCCUGCCUUGCUGCAUUUGGCUUCUUGCGUCCUGAUCCUCGGACCUCGGGUUCUUGACUCCUUGCUUCUCAGGACCCUUGACUUCGUGACUCCCUGCUUCCUGACCCUCAGGCCCCUGGCUUCUGGACUCUCGUUCCUGCUCCCACCCCACCAUCUUGCCCCCGGUCCCGACUUCCUCAGCCGGGACUUCGACCUCCUGUAAACCAGAAUGUGACACAUGAACUUGCCACAUCCUUUGUGUGUCUAAAACUCCACCGCCACACCAGUUUGCAUCUUCAGCACAGCUCUUGCAAAUGCCACUGUGAAUGGCUUAAAAGUGUUUCAGCAGUACAGCGCUCCAAAAGAGUGUUAAAAUUAAGCAAAUAAUUUUGAUUCAAGUGGUGGCUAACUAUGUGGCCUCACCCUUCUCUGGGUGAUAAGGACAGGAAUUCAUGUCCUUAAGGCAAAGAAAAUUUCCUGCAUAGGUUGAGUAAGAGGACUAUGCCUUUACCGACAAGAAAUAUGCUAGCGCAGCCAAGCAUAUAAUUGAGGGAUGGUGUUGCGAAAUACGGCUCUUUCCAGUUCUCAGAACAAUGUUUUGACAGACUCCUGUUAUAAGGAAAAGAGACACGAGUGAGAGCCCAUGUUUCGCUGCAUAAGGCCCCGCUGCAGAAGAAACAAGCUGCUUUUUCAUUUGAGUGGUGGCUUGUCUCUUCAGCAGAGGGAACUCCUGAGGUGAAAACCACAAGUUGCUAGAGUUCUCCUUUGGGUUCUGCUUCAGGCUAUGCUGUGUUCUGGUCUGAUGCUGGAACUCCCAAGGUUGGACCUCUGGCAUCUCUUGAGUGAGCAAGUAGCUUAAACAAAAGCAGGCACAGCUGUUUAAUGCAUCUGUGUCCAAGGUAAUGCCUCCAGGUCCCUCUCCUUUGAGAAAACUUGGGGAGUUCUUUUCCAACCACCGCAGGCGAAGUGGGCCUGGGCCCCACAGUCCACUCCUUGGCCCAGACCCAAUUCCUUUGCAGCCUCCGAUUCUGUAUCCAGAUCCCUGCUGGAUUCAGGCGUCAUGACAGGCUGUGGAUUAUGGGAAUUGUAGUUCAGCAACAUCUGCAGGGCUAAAGGUUUCCCACACCUGCCUUAAGCCAACAUAGCAAUGCCAAUAUGCCCUGUGCAAGCUGCUUGAUUCAUGCAUUUUUGGCAAAGAGAUAUUCUGAGGCAGAGUUGAGGCAGCCGGACUUUGUACUGUCUUACCAGGCUAAAUAUUUGCCCUUUUCUGUCUCAUACCGCAAAACCAGUCUCGGAAAGCUUGACUUUGUUAGUCUACAUAAUCAGCACUGUGAUCCUUGAACUUCUUACCGUUUAUUCCACUGGCUUUAAGGGUGACUCCAAAGCAAAUGGCUUGAAGGCUUCCACCUAUGAAGCUUUGCAGAACUUGCUCCAGACAGGGUGGGUAAAAAUUAGUAAUAAAUAAGAUUUAACGGCACUGGUGCCAUAGUUGCCUUGCAGUGUAAGUUUAUCUUCAUUUUCCUUGAAACCACAAAGUUUUUUAGUGUCAUUGUGAAGCAACAUCCUGUCUUUCCUGCCUGCUUCUGUUGAAACAAUUAGAAUGGGGCUGGCUUAUGAAGUUUAGGCACAACAGAACUUUGUAUUUUAAAGGAAUAGGCUUCUUUUAAUAGGCAGCAUGUUCGUAAAAUUGCGUCUUAUGAAUUAUGUGGGGAAUGCAACCAAAGUAAGGCUGCUUUUAGUCUUGCUGAUAUCAAAAGUGAAAAGCAUAUCCCAUGAAAACUAAUAGGAUUAUAUGAUUUUUUUUAAAGCUGCAUCAUGCCCAAAGAUUUUAAAAGUAGUGAGUGUUUUCAUUGAGGGACUGUUCAAGUCCCUAUUUAAUUUAUAUUCAGUUAACUUUGUUAUUCUGCGUGUAGAAGAGCAAUGCAAUUCAAAAAGCAAGCUUUUUAACUAAUUUAACAAAUAAACACAUUCCCUCUUCCUCCACCUAAAAAAAACCCCAAACCCUUUAAAGCACCUCAUAAUCUUAAAUUUUAAAAAUGACAUUUCUGCUGUGAAAUCCAGCAGAAGCAUUAUCUAUGAAGGACCUUACAGAGGAGUGUCACUAUAAUUGUUGUGUUUUGGUGUUGCCAACAUGGUCCUAUGCUUGCAGUAGUGCCUAUGGGGACUUUCCCUGAUGCCUCAAGUGCUUCCCAGCCAUUGCUGCCUUUUUCAUGACUGUUGCUACCCUCUCUCCCCCUCUCCUUGAAAAGAACACAGAGCUGGAAGAGGAAGUGGGAAGACUGUUGCUCUUUUCCAUAUCCUCUUUCAGCUCUGUGGUUUUCAAGACUCAUAUCUGCACCUGAGCAGAAAGCAGAAUAACCAAGAGUGGAGAAAAGGAGGGAGGGAGAGAGGGAGACUAAAGGAAGGAAAACAGAGUCACUGGGGAGAGAGAGAUAAGAGGGGAAGAAACUGAUGGAUCCUUCUGAAUUGUCAUAAUUCUUACAAGGGAUCCCUUCAAAACCACCAUCAAACUACAGUGGUACCUUGGGUUACAUACACUUCAGGUUACAUACACUUCAGGUUACAGACUCCGCUAACCCAGAAAUAUUACCUCGGGUUAAGAACUUUGCUUCAGGAUGAGAACAGAAAUCGUGCUCUGGCGGCGCAGCAGCAGCAGGAGGCCCCAUUAGCUAAAGUGGUGCUUCAGGUUAAGAACAGUUUCAGGUUAAGAACGGACCUCCAGAACGAAUUAAGUACUUAACCCGAGGUACCACUGUAUAGGUCAUAUAUUUGAUGCAUAACCACCAGCUCUCACCUGUAGAAAGUUGUCUUUGGGAUCUUCUCAUAAUGAAAUAUCUGAUAGAAAAUAGCCUUGUGGAUGUUGGUUUCCUCCACUUGGUCAGUUUCAAGAAUUAGGCUUGAUGGGAUAUUCUGAGGAGUGGACUAAAAAAAAAGAAGAAUGCUGCCUCACUCAGCUGCAAUGCAUAGUCAAAGGAAAUGUGCCCCCUUCACUGCAGAAGAUGUAGGGGACUUAAGAUAUGAGAACAUCCACCGAGACCUACGUUUGGGGCUUCUGGGUCACAUGUGGCUUCAGUGGAGCUGACCUUGGCUCCCCCUGCCUUUGGGGCUUUGGUUCCUUCUGCCAUAUUACAGAAGCCUCCACCACUUCAGGUCCAGGGGGACCUUUUGUCACUGUUCAUUUCACGGAACAACAUCUAUAUCCUUCAAGGAACUUAGGGUGGCUGCUGUACAUGAAGUUCUUAUGUACAAGAUGUGGAUCUCCAAGCAAGACUAUGAAGAAGGAGGCAAACGUUUCCGAGCACAAUUCACAGUGUUGGCGCUGACCUUUAAAGCCCUAAACAGCCUCGGCCCAGUAUACCCGAAGGAGCGUUUCCACCCCCAUCGUUCAGCCCAGAUGCUGAGGUCCAGUGCCAAGGGCCUUCUGGUGGUUCCCUCCCUGCGAGAAGUGAGGUUAAAGGGAACCAGGCAAAGGGCCUUCUCAGUAGUGGCGCCCACCCUGUGGAACACACUCCCAUCAGAUGUCAAGGAAAUAAACAACUAUCUGACUUUUAGCAGACAUCUGAAGGCAGCCCUGUUUAAUGUUUUUAAUGGUUGAUGGUUUAUCGUGUUUUUAAUAUUCUGUUGGGAGCCACCCAGAGUGGCUGGGGAAACCCAGUCAGAUGGGUGGGAUAUAAUAAAUUUUAUUAUUAUUAUUAUUAUUAUUAUUAUUAUUAUUAUUGAAAGGAAAUGCCCAUAAAACCCUGUGAUAAAAAAAUAUUGCUGCCUUCCCCAGCACUUCUAAUAAUUGGAUAGCUUUGGCACCAAAAGUUUUGUGUUGCUUUUGUAGGAAAUGAAGACAUUUUUGUGCAUUCUGCAAUUUCCAUUUGGUGUCUUUUAAAAUAUAAUUUUGGUUGGUGGGGGAGGUUUUUUAGUGUGUAGAGAGAAAGAAAAGGCCCAUUUUUGUGGAGGAGAAGGCUUUCCUUUGUUCUGGACACAGGGUUUGAAACUAAAGUUUGAAACGUUUCCAAUACUACAAUAGACGUAUUUUGCAUCUUUCUUUUAAGUAAAGAAGCUUUCGAUGCAUAUCCACGUUAAAAAAAUAAUAGGAAGUGGUUUGUCAAGUCAUGCUGCCUUUUAUCACCACUGCCAGUAAUGACCACAGAGAAGCUGUGGAACACAGAAUAUUCGGCACAAAACUAUAUGUGGCAUUGGUCCAGUUGACAGGUCUUGUGCUGCUGGCAGAGCGACAGCGUGAGUAUUGUCGCAUUUUAUUUCUUUCUUUUCAUUCAGGGGUGCCAUCAGUUUGCGUGCAAACUCUGUACUUGUAAGCUAAAUCUUCUUUCAGUUUGCAUGCCUGGCGUGUCGUUUAAUAAUUUCAGAAAUAACCGUCAAUGAGGCUACACAGGCACACAGUUCUAGACAGAAGUGAGACUAGUUGAAUAAUGUCCCAUUUGAGAGACUUGCUGCCGUUAAGCCCUUUGGGGACUGGAAAGGGAGCUGUUCAACUGCUUUUGUUGGAUCUUGUGUCGCUUAGGAAUAUUAUUCAGUUUGCAGGAUAGCUUGGGGGGUUGGGAUUACUUGGGCUGCCCAUAGGCCAUCACUUCUGAAAAGCAAUGGUAUUUACAUCCCCUUCCACACCAUGCUGGCCAUGGGCUUCCAUUCAGCCAGUGGUGUGUUGAUAACUACAAAUGCAGUUGGGAGGUAGAGGAACAGAGGAUGCUGUUAGGGUAGCAUUAAUUCUUGCGUACAGUGGUACCUCAGGUUAAGAACUUAAUUCGUUCUGGAGGUCCGUUCUUAACCUUAAACUGUUCUUAACCUGAGGUAUCACUUUAGCUAAUGGGGUCUCCCGCUGCCGACGCGCGGUUUCUGUUCUCAUCCUGAGGUAAAGUUCUUAACCUGAGGUACUAUUUCUGGGUUAGCAGAGUCUGUAACAUGAAGUCUCUGUAACCUGAAGCGUCUGUAACCCGAGGUCCCACUGUACAGCCCUUUCUAGUCCCGCACAAGUUUAUUCAGUUUCAAUAACAAGGGAAACUAAAACUGGCUGUUUUUCACAGAGCGGGGAUUGGGGAAGUAUCUAUGCACUUCUUUUCGGUGUAGUUCCUUUUUUUUAAGGGCUCCAUGCACAGAUAUAUGGACACAUGCUUUUCUCCCCCAUGUACUUCUGAAGUUUUUUUAAUUAUUAUUUUUUUAAAACCAUAUUCAAAACUACACCAGGCAUUGGGGAUGUGCUACCUACCCUGGGCAUGUGAGUCAUUGUCCACUCUAGGCCUCUGAAUCAUGCCAUAUAUGCAUGAUUAUUUCAGCAGCGUGGUUUGUUUCUUUUAGGAAGCCAGUUUUGGCUUUUCUCUAGUACUGCUUGAAAUAAUCUUGUGCCCACAGAUAUGUGUGUUUAAGUCACUGUAACUUCGGUGGAACUUUUAGUGUAAGUUUAGUGUAAUUUCCUUGUGACUUUGAGGACACAGCAGAUUCAGGUUAGUAGGGACUUGCCGCUAAGAUAAAUUCUCACAGGCAGCAGCUUGUGAAGCAAAAGAAAGUCCUUUCCCAGAGCAAUUGCAAAAGGGCAUAAAUUAAACCGGUUUGGCUUUUCCAUGCUGUUGAAAAUAACUUUCUUCCACCCUUGCCUCUGUGUUACCAUUUUAAUCCUUUUUCGCUAGGCAGUUGUUGCUUACAGUGACUUUUUCAAACAAACCACACGUCUACAUUUUUCAUCUAUUGCAAGAAUGGUGUUGUCCUUGCUUGUGAAUAUUUUAUAAAACUUGUUUUAGGUCUUGUCCUAAGUUGAUUAGUAAGGAACAGAGCCCUACCAAACAGACAAUUUUGGGUUUCCAAGGGCUCCUCCACUGCUGCCCUCUACUUUGGAUUUACAGCUGAGUCCUUUUGACUUUCCUGCUAUAAUAAUAAUAAUAUAAUAAUAAUAAUUUAUUAUUUGUACCCCGCCCAUCUGGCUGGGCUUCCCCAGCCACUCUGGGCGGCUUCCCAAAAAAAUAUUAAAAUACUGUAAUGCAUCAAACGUUAAAAGCUUCCCUAAACAGGGCUGCCUUCAGAUGUCUUCUAAAGGUCUGGUAGUUGUUGUUCUCUUUGACAUCUGGUGGGAGGGCAUUCCACAGGGAGGGUGCCACUACCGAGAAGGCCCUCUGCCUGGUUCCCUGUAACUUGGCUUCUCACAGUGAGGGAAAUGCCAGAAGGCCCACGGUGCUGGACCUCAGUGUCCGGGUAGAACGAUGGGGGUGGAGACGCUCCUUCAGAUAUACUGGACUGAGGCCGUUUAGGGCUUUAAAGGUCAGCACCAACACUUUGAAUUGUGCUCGGAAACAUACUGGGAGCCAGUGUAGGUCUUUCAAGACCGGUGUUAAUGGUCUCGGCAGCCGCUCCCAGUCACCAGUCUAGCUGCCACAUUCUGGAUUAGUUGUAGUUUCCGGGUCACCUUCAAAGGUAGCCCCACGUAGAGCGCAUAACCUUCCCAGGCCUCUCAUCUGUCCUAGGAAGAAUCGCUCCCCGUUUCACCCCAAACUUACCCCAAGGGGGGGCAGAAUAUUGUUCACAUUAAACAAAAUAGACCAGUCUUUCCCUCAAAUUUACUCUUGGGGAGAUGAGUAAACGUAGACCAACAAAGCAGCCUCUCUUCCCCUCCGUACUGCAAACUUAAAUAAUUAGAACAAUGCAAAAAGUCUCCCUUUGUUAGUGCAGGAGCAUUUUGGAUCAGGGAUGAGAACCUGUGGCCACCUAGAAAAUGUGGCGGGACUGCAACUCCCCCCAGCAUGCCCAAUGGUCAAGGAUGAUGGGAGAUUAAUUUGUUUCAUCUCUACUGUGUUGUUCUUGCUUGUAUAUGUUAAACUUGUUUUUUUAUAAUUGUAUAUAAACUCUUUUUCUUGUUUUUAUUUUGUUUAUGCAAAUAUUUAUAAACUACUUUCAUUAAAAAAAAUACAGCAAGGAGGUGUGUACUUCACAUAAAAUUGCACUAAGUGCAAUAAAAAUGGUCUGGUUAUAUUGCUGCCACCCUUCCUGGGACCUUAAAGUGGGCAAGAUAUCUUAUAGAUAGCUAUUAAUUUAUAAAUGUAUCUUAUCUGUCCCUGGCAAGGCUUGCAUGCAGAUCUAUGCUAGAAAGAAAGCAAGUUUUAAUGGGAGGAGGGAAAUGGCAAGCUUACAUCUUCCCUCAUUCCCUGGUACAGUGGUACCUUGGGUUAAGUACUUAAUUUGUUCCGAGGUCCGUACUUAACCUGAAACUGUUCUUAACCUGAAGCACCACUUUAGCUAAUGGGGCCUCCUGCUGCUGCUGCGCCGCCGGAGCACGAUUUCUGUUCUCAUCCUGAAGCAAAGUUCUUAAUCAGAGAUACUAUUUCUGGGUUAGUGGAGUCUGUAACCUGAAGCGUAUGUAACCCGAGGUACCACUGUAUACAGAAAUAGUAGUUCUGUGAGCGAGUGAAUCUCUUAGUCUGUAUUCCUACCUCCUCAACCUGUCAGAGUUAAAAUUAAGGUUGUCUAAUACUAAACAACGUUAUAUUUAUAAAAAUAGCAGUAGAAAUAGGGAAGGCCUCUGCUGGCCAGUUCCUAAAUAUACACAUGGAAUAAACCUGUAUUCAGAGAUGACCAACAUUCAAGGUUUUAUACAGGCUGGUGAGAAUAAGAAAGGAAGCAAAUCAGACUAAUGUGUUGAAUAACCAGAGGAUACAGCAUAUACAACGUUGACACAGAAAGACAGCACAUUAGGCACUCUAUCAGCAGAGGGAGAUGUUGCAAAACCAAUUGCCUGAUAGGUAACAGUAUGAGCUUUUAUUGCAAGUAAAAAAAACACACAAAACCUGGAUGGGCUGGUGUCAGCAUCUGUGUCCAGCCUUUAUGCCAGGGGUCAGCAAAGCUUUUCAGCAGGGGGCUGAUCCACUGUCCCUCAGACCUUUUUUGGGGGGGGCGGACUAUAUUGGGGGGGGGAAUGAACGAAUUCCUAUGCCCCACAAAUAACCCAGAGAUGCAUUUUAAAUAAAAGGACACAUUCUACUCAUGUAAAAACACGCUGAUUCCCGGACCCAAGGCGAUUGGGCCAGAUCCGGCCCCUGGGCCUUCGUUUGCCUACCCAUGCUUUAUGCAGUGGUAAAAUCCUAUUCAGUUAUAGUUCUAGCAUAGAAGUCACAUGGGAGAAUUUAUGUGCACUGCUUUAUAAGGGAAGUAGAAUUUCCAGUAGUCUUUUGGCAAACAUGGGUUUUUGAACCACGCAUGGGAGAGGAAGUCAUAUGAGAGGAUGAUUUGGGGUGGGGAAAUGGUUCCAUUUCACCACACCCUACAGACAUCUCUGCUCUAAAUUCCCCUCUCUCACCACGCCCUGCUCUAUAUUUCUCUUUCCAAAAGAGACUGGGUUAAAUAAAAGAAAACACCACACACACUAUGCCAGGGCAUUAUAACAUAUGUUAGAGUAUAACAUGCAGUUAGUCUGUUAGUCUACAACUGUAAGGAAGAAAUACAGCAGCUUGAAAUGAGAAAUCUCCAAUAUGAGAACCAAAUUUAGCUAAUCUUUGUUUUAAAACCUUUUGCUGAUUGUGUUUUGUGUUUUAUUAGUAAUUAUCUAUACUUGUGUUUGGACCAUUCUGUGUAUUUUUGCUUUUUAAAAAAUUGAUAAUGAUAUUGUGUAUGCUGCUUGGAGAGUUUUAUUAUUAAGCAGUCUAUAAAUCUUUUUAAAAAUAAAUUCCUACGUUACGUGGAGGGAAAGUCCCUGUUUACAGCCAGGAUAGUGUCCUAAUACAGCAGUUGACAUGCAAGGGUGGAAAUAUAUCUCUAUUGUGUAUUCUCUAACUGUCCUGAAUAUGAGAGCCAGAUAAGGACAAAAGCUUGGGUCUUUCAGAUUAGGCUACGCUGGAACAUACAGUCGUACCUUGGUUGUCAAACACCCUGGAACUCAGACGUCUUGGCUCCCGAACGAUCGAAAACUGGAAGUGACUGUUCCGGUUUUCAAACGUUCUUUUGGAAGCCGAACGUCUGACGGGGCUUCUGCAGCUUCCAGGAAGCUCCUGCAGCCAAUCAGAAGCUUCGAUUCGGAAGUCUAAUGCUUUGUAAGUCGAAUGGACUUCCGGAACGGAUUCUGUUUGACUUCCAAAGUACAAUGAAAACAAUGAUAGGGUAUUCUAUAGUUACUGUUUUCACCCUGGGUGUUUUUUUGUUUCGUUUUUUUGUUUGUUUGUUUGUUUUGCCACACACCAAUGCUGUCAUCUCUAGAGAUUUGGCUAAUGGUAGUACAGUGGUACCUCAGGUUAAGAACUUAAUUCGUUCUGGAGCUCCGCUCUUAACCUGAAACUGUUCUUAACCUGAGGUACCACUUUAGCUAAUGGGGCCUCCUGCCACCGCACAAUUUCUGUUCUCAUCCUGAAGCAAAGUUCUUAACCUGAGGUACUCUUUCUGGGUUAGCGGAGUCUGAAACCUGAAGCGUCUGUAACCUGAGGUACCACUGUAAAAUAAUUUCAACGGGACACAUUUCUUCCUUCCCAUACCCACCACAUUUGACAUAUCUGAGCCCUUCCCAAUGGUGAUUUAAUUUGGGUCAAAUGUGAGAUCGGACAAUAGAUGGAAGUUAUUAGAGGCCUCUGGGCCAAUCUUGGCCCCUGAGUUCUUUACCCAAGGUAACAAGAGGAGAGAAGGUGGACUAAGGUCUGUGUCAACUGGUCUUUCCAGUAGGCCACUUGGAGAUGUAAUCCUUGCCAGGUGUGGCACAAGAGGAGGACAGAGUGGCAGUGGCACUUCAGUGGUGGUGGGGUGAAGCUGGGGGAGCCCUGGGUUGGUGGCUGCAGCCCCUCAGGAUGCCACUGCCAACCUGUUCCUUCUCCAAUCUCAUCCUAGCAAACAUGGUACUGCCAGGAGGGUGCUGUUGCUAUUCUACUUCUCCCCUGCUUCUGCUUCUCCUUGCCUUGCUUUCUUAAAAUGUAUUCUAAGUUGUUGGGGGUUUUUUUGGGGGGGGGUUCUUUUAAGUAAUUUGACAAUUCUGUUUCAGAUUCAUCCAGUAUGAAUCAACGAGCACCUAUUUUACUACUGCAAUUUCUUGUUUACAUAUGUAUUAUUUGUAUAUUUAUAGUACCCCCCCCCCAUAGAAGGAUUGUUCUAAAAUGUGUCAGGCCUGAAAUAAAUCUUUGUUCAAGCACUGGGAGUUUCCUUCUCUUUUUUCCCUCCUACCUGCUUUCCUAGCUUUGUGGUAAAAAAAAAAAAAAUUAUUGACCACUGCAUCCUGCCAGUGCCUUUUAUUAAAAUUAUAUGCUGACGUGUGAUCAUACAAUGUUUUCUAUAAAUAGGGAAGUAGCCUACACUGACUAGAAUUUGUUUGCUGAAUCACUAUUUCCUUGGGCACAGCCAGGUGGUACAAGUUGUGUGCUUUGUUUUGUUUGUUUGUUUUGGCUUUCAGAGGGAGAGAAGUAACUCUGUUUUCUAGGUAAAAUCUCUUGAUCUUUGUUAUAACAAAUGAGUAUUCGUUCCCACCUCUUCCCUGUAUGGUAAACAAGCUGAAAGGCAUGUUCUUCUUAAAUUCAUUAACUGCCUACCAACUCUUCCCAUGUCACUCCCUUCUGCAGCUUAAGAGAUGCAGAAAUUACUCUGAGGAUAAAGGUAAAGGUACCCCUGACCGUUAGGUCCAGUUGUGGACGACUCUGGGGUUGAGGAGCUCAUCUUGCUUUACUGGCCGAGGGAACCGGCGUACAGCUUCCAGGUCAUGUGGCCAGUAUGACUAAGCCGCUUCUGGCAAACCAGAACAGCGCACGGAAACGCCGCUUACCUUCCCACCAGAGCUGUACCUAUUUAUCUACUUGCACUUUGAUGUGCUUUCAGACUGCUAGGUGGGCAGGAGCAGGGACCGAGCAACGGGAGCGCACCCCGUCACGGGGAUUCAAACCCCUAGGUUUUGUGGUUUAACCCUGUUGUAAGCACAACCCACAGCGCCACUCGCGUCCCUAUACUCUGAGGAUAGGGAAGUAUUAUUAGGAAGCCUUCUAGUUUGGCCAGAAACAGACCCAAUUUGAACCAUAAUUUUGUGUACAGGAGGGAAAUUCCUCGGACUUGCCUUGUUCUCUUUUUGGUGAUGGAGUAGGUAGCAUCAUAGUUGAGACAGAGUGACUUAAAAGGGGGAGGGGAAUGAAGAUUCUGCUUUAACUACAGGAACAUUUUGUAUCAAAAGGGGAGACCACAUGAUGCACAGACUACCAUUUUCACUUUGUUUUUGUUUACAAGAAUUAUGUUUAAGAUCUCCAAAGCGAGUCUUCACUUUUGUUGAAUGGCUCUGUCACUGGAUGCUGAGAAGCUUUUGCUUAGCUCCACAACGGAUUCUAGCUACUUAAACAUACAAUUUGAAUGCAUAGAAAAAGUGAAUGGUAGUUUGAAAAGCCACCUUUUUAUUUAUUCCAGCUUGAAGAGCCUCUUUCUGCUUGGAUGUCAAGAAAGUAACUGGGUGUUGUCAGUGGAGAUUCUACUUAGUCCCCAUUCAUGAGUCAACCUAAAAGCAGAAGGACAAGUGUUUGGGUCACCUGGAGAAAUUUCUAAGAUGGUGACAGGGAGGGGCAUUAUGUUUAGCAAAGGUGCUAGUGCAUUAUGAAUGCUGGCUAAGCCAGGGUCAUGCCCCAGUGUCUCAUAACAAGAACCCAGCUGCUUUCAUAUCUGAUUUGGUAGUUGACGCUAAGCUAGCAAGUCUUUCCCUGAAGCCAAGGAAAGCAGUCUGUUCUGGAUUAUAUUUCCUUCUGUUGAACAUUGCCCUUCUCACCUGGAUGCUAAACUUGCUGGCUGUUGCAUCCUGUACACACCAGGAUGGCUGUAAAAAACAUUUGGGCUGGCUCUGAAAAGUUCUAGCUAUACUUCUGUGUAGUGAUUGAAAUGCGCAGACGCGGAUAAUAUGUUAUCCAUGUCUAUACAUUUCAGGCACUAGGUGGAAGUUCAUUGAAAGCUGACUAGGGAAAGGACAAGUUACAUACUACUGCCAUAUAAGUGUUUCCUGAUGCCCAGAAUUUCUCACAAAUCGAGCAAGCGUUGACGAUUUUCAUCCAGGGCGAAGGAAUCUUGAUCUGUUCAUCAUGUUUAUUUUGAAACUGCUUGACAAAGUGGCCAGUCAUUUUAGUGAUUGUUUUGUAUUGCUUUUAAAUGUUUUUUGUUGGUGUGCAUUCCCCUGAUGUUUUGCGAGAGGGUGGUAUAUACUUUUAUAAACAAAAUAAGGUGGCUGAACCACUACAAGUCUGCUAAAGAUGGUUUGUACAAAAUGCUCAUUUACACAACCAGUAAUUUUUAUAAUAACACCCUCACUUCAGUCUCUGACUUGUUUACACACUUAAGAGGUGGUGAAUCCCGAGGCUGAAGUGAAAUGAAAGUCAGCAAAUCUCCCCCUAUGUAAUUAAGCGGCUAUGGAUCAUUUCUCUAUCAUUUCAGAAUAAAUGGCCAUUUAAACAAUAGCACAAUCAUCAUCUUCUGGAUAUGCAGAGGUGGGCACAAGCAAAGAACUAGCUGGGACUAUGCGCAAGAGAGCUUAAAAAUAAUGAGAUUUCCUGUCUGUGUUUACAAGGAUUGUUGGCUCAGAGAACAACCCUGACUAAAUAGCCUCAGGUCCCUAGUUUAUAUAAACAAACCAAGGGUUAAGAGGCUUAUUCACCUACAGUUAGGUGUUACAGGAAAGGAGAAGAAAACCUUUUGCAGAGAAUUACAAAGCUGCAGAAUUUAGACGUAAAGAGCAACCUAUUUAUUCAGGGUUCUAAACUGAAGAACUUACCUUGGAAGUAACUAAAUCUUCCGUAAAGAGUGGUGAUCCCUCUCCGCCUGCCGGCUCCUCAAGUGUGCAUUUAUGGCGUACAUUAUUUCAUUGUUUUAGUUUUCCAAACCAGUCUUGCUGUAUGAUAAAUAAAUCUCCCAUCAGUUGUAACUUCUGCCUGUGACUAGCUGACCUGCCCCACAGGUGAGAGACAGUCUUAUGGUUUUCUGGCUGCUAUUGAGAUGCUACAGAAGAGAAGAGCCUAUGAGACGAGAAAUUAAAGAGCAGGGGCCUAGAAAAGAAAUAGGCUGGGGCCUGAGGAGGCAGCAGGCUAAGGCAGUGGCUUUCCACCAGUGUGCUAUGGCACCCUGGGGAACCUUGAAUGAUGGCCAGGUGUGCAACACUGGCCUCUGUCCCUCUUUCCUUACCUCCCUCCUCUGAUGCCCUCUUGCGUCUCUGCUUCCCGAAGGCUUGCAUAGCUGUUCGUUGCAGCAGCCCCGGCUAUAAGCUCCGCAGGCCAAUGGUACCUCUGGGAAGCACCUCUCUUUGGGGCGAGGGUGGUGUGCAGCUCAGAGACCAGGGGCGGAAGCAGCAGCUGCCCGGAGGACCCCCAUGGGGAGUGGAAAGAAGAGGAGAGGAGGCGGAGGGAACACUCCACAAGGGAGGGUGUUCGAAAAAGGGUGAGAAGCCAUGACUGCAUAUUGAAUUUGUGGGGCGGGAACCCAAGAUGCGUGUAACUCAGCAAUAUUACUGCUACUGGUAGCGUGAUACUAUAGUACAUAUAUACUAAGGAGUAAGUCCAGUUGAUUUCACUGAGGCGUACUAUCAGAAGAGUACAGUGGUACCUCAGGUUACAUACGCUUCAGGUUACAGACUCCGCUAACCCAGAAAUAGUACCUCGGGUUAAGAACUUUGUUUCAGGAUGAGAACAGAAAUUGUGCCCCGGCAGCGCGGCAGCAGUGGGAGGCCCCAUUAGCUAAAGUGGUGCUUCAGGUUAAGAACAGUUUCAGGUUAAGAACGGACCUCUGGAAUGAAUUAAGUGCUUAACCCAAGGUACCAUGUAUAGGAUUGCACCCUAAGUCUGUGUGUGUGUGUGUGUGUGUGUGUGUGAGAGAGAGAGAGAGAGAGAGAGAGAGAGAGAGAGAGAUACAUAGAAUAGGAACUCCCCCCCCCCCCCCGGCAAGAAAAGCUACUAGCAUUUCACUUAUCUCUGAUUGGGAAAUCCUUUCCCAGUUCCAUUUAAGACUUUGUAAAUUUAGUUGUUAAAAUAAAAAAUGGGUGGAAUGGCUUUAGGAACCGUACAAAAUGUGUGGUGUUGUGGCAAAAUGAGAUUGUGCCAUGUUGAUUGUCAUCCGGAGAUUAGGCUUCAAAGAAGUUCAUGCCUGGAUCUGUUUGUGAAUUCUUCUACAAGUGCAUUGCAACCAGGAUUUUGACCUUGGAAGAAGCCGUGCUAGAUUGGGGCAGAUAUGGCUACACAAACAUCUGCUGACCUCCCUUUGGCAGCCAUUCAUGCAAACAAGCUGUAGGUUCACAUCAUGUACUUUGGAGCUAGCAAAAUACGCUCUCAUUUGCAGCAGAAAGGGUGUGUGGUAGCAUUUCUCUUCUUUGGAUUUUGUCUUAUUAGUUUUAAAUAGCAAACAUGAACCACAAACGACUCUUAUUUGAGCAAAACCUCUCUAUUUCUCCCCUUACACCCACAACUUUCAAAUGUUGCCCUAGUUUUCUCUUUAAUAGAUAUCUCCUGUGCGUUCAUUUUCUUCCUAUGACAGAAAUGGCAAUGCUGGCACGUGUACCGAUUAUGUUCUUGUAAGAGUUACUCCUGCUGAUUUCUUUAAGAACAAAACAAAACCCAACAGCCCUGCCACAUGAAUUGUUAACUGCGAGAGAGUACUAAUUGCCUCUUAAAGACCGCUAAUGAAAGAUUUUAGGAAGCUGUUGCUUACUUAUUUUUCACCUGCUGCAUGUUGAGAGAGUUAGCUGAAGCUCUCCCACUUGAAAAAUGGAAUGUUGCAUGUUUAGGCAAAUAUCAGGAUCUUCCUCUCCCCCCCCCCCCAAAUUUCUUAUUCUCCAGAUGUGCAUUCUAAGUGAGGGCUGAUUUGGAAUUUGUCUCUACUUCUUAAAGUGGGUGUGAACAUAAUCCUGCCCCUUCCAAGCAGGUGUGCAAGGACACACUGUGUAGAAAAUUGGUUCCUCAAGCACAGUGGGAGCCAUGCUUGGGCAAUACGUGGGUUUGUCAGCACACAGCAACUGGACGCAGGACAAGCACCUCUCCACAUGUUCAGUGAAUCAGCUCCACCACAUGCAAUGUUCUUAGCAGAAGCGGAUUCUUCAUGGCUGGGUUCAAGAAGUCAUAACCUACUUACUGGAGACUGAGAAAAGGGAAGGGUUGGGUGGUUUGAAGAGGCCCUUACAAUGAAUAGUGUAUUGGUUGCUGGUUAUAGUGCAGGCUGCUAUGUUCCACCUUUGGGUAAGCACACAAGGCCUCCUGUUUAACAAAGACAGUAGAGACCAGCAGUGAUGCACUCCCAGUAGCUGUGAACUUGACCUCGUAAUGAAAGGAUCCAACAAAAAGACCGUGCCUCAUCUCUUUGCAAAUUGUAUAAAAUAUGAUUCUUAAAUGCAUGUUUGUAUCAUGGGGUUGCAUUCAAUCUUCCAUGAGCUCAAAGAUUUCUGCUUGUGCAAUGGAACAUAGGGGAGGAGACGGGGGAAUUCCCAUCAUGCAAGCAUUUACCAAGAAUAAGGCUGCAAUCAUAGCCCCACUUACCUGGGAUUUAGGUAAAGGUAAAGGGACCCCUGACCAUUAGGUCCAGUCGUGGCCGACUCUGGGGUUGCGGCGCUCAUCUCACUUUAUUGGCUGAGGGAGCCGGCGUACAUGUGGCCAGCAUGACUAAGCCACUUCUGGCGGACCAGAGCAGUGCAAGGAAACACCGUUUACCUUCCCGCUGGAGCGGUACCUAUUUAUCUACUUGCACUUUGACGUGCUUUCGAACUGCUAGGUUGGCAGGAGCAGGGACCGAGCAAUGGGAGCUCACCCUGUUGCAGGGAUUCGAACCUCUGGCCUUCGGCAAGCCCUAGGCUCUGUGGUUUAACCCACAGCGCCACCCGCGUCCCUUACCUGGGAUUUACUCUUAUUUAAUUCAGUAGGAUUUCUAAAUAGGCAUAGUUGGAAUUAUUCUGGAUCAAUUCCUGUUAACCUGGAAUUAAACCUCCAUGUUCAGCCACUGUGUAUCUCUUGCGUACCAGUUGGGUAGCUAUUGGUGAUGGCUACUAGCAGUUAUGGUGGCUACGCUCUGCCUCUGUGGUGGGAGGCAGUAGUACUUCUCAGCACCCACUGCUGGAAACUGCAAGAGGGGAGAAUGCUCUUGUGUCUUGAUUCUGCUCGUUCGUUUCCCCUAGGCAUCUUGGUUGGCUACUGUGAGAACAGAAUGCAGGACUAGAUGGGCCAGUGGUCAGUUCCAGCAGACUCUUGUGUUCAUGUGAAAAAGUGGAGAGAGCAGUUGCUGUUGUGCCUUGUCCGUGGGCUUCCUAGAAACAGCUAGCUGGCCACUGGAAGGAAACCUGAUCCCGAAUUAGACAGAACUUUGCUUUGAUUCCACAGGACUACUGUUCUGUUCUUAAUGCUAUUCUUAAUGGGAUGUUCUUCACAAAGCAUAUGAGCAUUACGGAUACAGUUGUCAUUUAGUACAAUUACAGUGGUACCUGUAGUUAAGAACUUAAUUCGUUCCGAAGGUCCGUUCUUAACCUGAAACUGUUCUUAACCUGAAGCACCACUUUAGCUAAUGGGGCCUGCUGCGCCACCAGAGCACGAUUUCUGUUCUCAUCCUGAAGCAAAGUUCUUAACCCGAGGUAAUAUUUCUGGGUUAGCGGAGUCUGUAACCUGAAGCGUCUGUAACCCGAGGUACCACUGGAGCUCAAGGUGGUUACCACAGUUUUAUCUUCACAACAACCUGUGAGGUCGGUUAGGUGGAGAAAGAGAGAAAGCUACUGGCCCAAGAUCACCCAGUUGAGCUUCAUAGCGAGUGGGGUCUUGAACUCUGGUCUCCCAAGUGCUAGUGCAACAGCCUUCCCACUACAUCACACCGGCUCUCAACUAAGAUGCUUUUAAACAAAAACCUCCAGUCAACAUAAAUGUAAAAGAUCAACCAUCACAGACACAUUUCUUUGUGUUAUAUAUGUGUUCAUUUUGUUGUUUCUUCUCCUCAUUUUAAUGCCUGUGGGUGGUAUGAUACGUGAUCGUUUUUUCGGUUAUAAUGCGAAUCAUUUUAUUAUGCCUAAUGCAACUCACACUAGGCUUUUAUCACAAGGUUAAAUGAGGCAUGCAUGACUUAGAAAUCUCCGGUUUGCCAGCUUCCUCUUUUGCAGGAAAGCCUUUUAUAUACCCUCCUUGUUUCCCUAGUUUCCAGUGGACCUUGUCCCAAAGCACAUUGGAAGGGCGAUGAGUGAUGAAUGACGUAGCCUUUGGUGCUUGCAACCUGGACAGAAAAAUACUCACAAUUUUGGACUUUUCUAUUUUUGCUCGUGAACUUAAGUCCUCCUACAGCAUUGUUUUUCAAAGUUAAGGAAAACUUUCGUGUAUUUUUCCUGUCUUACUGUCUUUCACUACUUUUAUUUUUUUAGAUAUAUAUAUAUAACCACCUUAAACACCAAAUUAAUUCUCAGGUAGAAAGCCACAGGCCUUCCUUCCCUCAUCAACGAAGUGCUGAUAGGUUUUGCUUUUGUUAGACUUCAUGGUGGUGUAACCGUUUAGUUGGUCCUUAGCUGAAGAUUUUCAGCUUCUUGAAACUGGCAGGAAGAGGUUUCUUCUUGUUGUUUGUGGCAGUUUUGUUGCACAGUGAGUGGUUCCAUUUGCUUCUGGGUGCAGAAACAGCUGAAGCCCUGUCUUCUCACCGAAGCAUCCCUUAGGUAGGAGGCUUAACUCGCUAAAGGAAACACAGUGCCGUCCGUUCUGGAGGGUGUGUACCUAUCUGAAACAGGAAGCAGAGCAGCAAACUGCCUGUGAGGAGAGAGACUUGCAAUUCUGAGCAGCGCAGGUGUGCAGUCUCUGUGAGAGACGUCUUCCCUCCGAGCAUCUUGGCAGUUGUGCUGUUCAACAGGAGCUCUUGUGUGCUCUGGGAGGGGAGCAACCGUUGUGGGUAGAGCAAAAAUGACUGCGUUACAGCUGAAAGAAUUAUCGCACUCAGGUCUGUACAGGAGGCGACGGGACCGUCCAGAUAGCCUGGGUCUUCAAGGGUUACCUGAGCAGAAGCUGAGGUGAGUGGUGGUGAGGAAAUUAAUGGUUAACUUGAGACAGCUCUGGGUGUCUUUUGAGUUUAAGGCUGACGCCUGACAGAAUCAGUUGCAGAAACAGAAUGCAGGGUGGUGGAAUUGUAAUAACGCUAAUUAUAAAAUGUGCCCAAUUGGAAAUAGUCCAGAGUUGCCAGGAUAAUCUAGGAGGAGUUGAGAGGAAGCAGCUGUUUUCCAUUUACUUCAUUUCUCAGUUUGACUUACUAUCCUAAAUGCUGUAGUAGCACAAAGAGUGACUGUAAGAAGUGUCAAUAAUUCCCCUUCCCCAAUAUUUUUGAUCACUGCUUAAUUUCCCCCAGAACUAAUCAAUCUCCAGAUUACAUAUUAAAAAUAAGUUUUCGUUUCCAGCACCCUUGCAUUCAGAGAGAACCCCAUUGCCUUAUAGGAGUCCUGGGCUGUUCUAUUGGGUUUUUCUUUUCAUUUUUUUUUUAAGUUGUGAUGUGAGACUUGUCAGAUCUUGAUUUACUCCCCACCCCCCAUAGAUUUCUACUUAUUAUUAUUGAAAUGCCUUGCAACAAAAGAAUGCAGUAGAACCACUUUAUAUGACCUUAUGAAGGGAAAGUAACCAAAGAAAAAUCUUAAACAUUAAUGACACUGGUUAGUUUCCAAAAGUUGAGCUCCUUUUAAAAUAUUGAUUUUAUAAAAGUGCAGGUCAGUAGAAGAUUUCGUGUUGCUUUUCAAAAAAAGGAACUCAGCUUUUUGAAACAGAAUGGUAGAAUGAUAAUAGUGGUUAAUGUAGAUCUGGUAACGAAUAACUUGCUGUGAAAAAUUGCAUUUUUGUACGGAACUGUUAAAAAAAAAAAUCCCUGAGCAAAUGUCAAAAGUGUUAGUGAAGGGGAAGAGUUUCCUGUCAUGCUAUGACUAGUGAAUGACUAGCUGUUUUAACAUAACAAUGUAAACCUCCUGUGGAACUCUGGGCUGCUUGCUAGCUGGUGCUACUGGAUAAGAAUCUCAGAAAUAAGAGAGCAGAAAUAAGCAUGAGCUUCUGCCUGCCCCUGGGCAACUGGAUCUCUGGGCAGAUCUUUGGAUAAUCUGUAGUAGAUGGGCAAGGACUUCUCAAUUGUUUAACAAUAGCACCAGCAAAAUGUCUCUUCUCCCUGAAAGUGGGGUAGUAGUAAGCCAGGAGCAUAUUUUUGUUUGUAAGGACUGUGAGCUGUGUUCAGUUCUGAUUUUCAGAAACUUGAUUCCUGGCUCAGAAUACUUAAAAUUCAUAAGUGUGUAUCUUUUUGGCAGCAGAGUCUGGCUUUCAGUUAAAAAAGAAACCAAGGAGAAAUCUUGCAAGCCUGCCCACCUCUGCUCUGGAACAGUCAACACCCUUUGAAAACAAAGCAUACUCUCUAUGAAAAAAGGGCCCCUGCCAAUUCAGAUAAAGGGUAGAAAAGAACAGUUUGCUACCAGUGAAGUCUUGCUCUGUAUUCUUCAUAAUUCCUGGUUUUCUCAAGAAGUGGGCAAUAGUCAUUUCCUUUGUUAAAGCAGUGGACCUCACCUGUUAACUUAAUGGUCCAAUGGCCCAGUGUUGUUGCUAAAAUUUUGCUAAACAGUGACCAAAAUCCCUGAUCCCUUCAAGCUUUUAUAGCUAACCUCUAAAGAAAUCACCAUGAGACUGCUUUGCUUUCCCAUUCCUGAUAAUACCAUCCUGAUGUCAUGCCGGAACGCGGGUGGCACUGUGGGUUAAACCACAGAGCCUAGGACUUGCCGAUCAGAAGUCGGCGGUUCGAAUUCCCGCAACAGGGUGAGCUCCUGUUGCUCAGUCCCUGCUCCUGCCAACCUAGCAGUUCCAAAGCGUGUCAAAGUGCAAGUAGAUCAAUAGGUACCGCUCCGGCGGGAAGGUAAACAGUGUUUCCGUGCGCUGCUCUGGUUCGCCAGAAGCGGCUUAGUCAUGCUGGCCACAUGACCCGGAAGCUGUACGCCGGCUCCCUCGGCCAAUAAAGCAAGAUGAGUGCCACAACCCCAGAGUUGGUCACGACUGGACCUAAUGGUCAGGGGUCCCCUUUAAUGUCAUGCCAUCCUAUGGAGGGGGAGAGAAUGCAGCUCAGGACUUUUAUAUGUUUACAGCCAGCAUAAUGCAGUUGUCCAGAGUGCUGCACCAACCAGAAUUCAAAUUGCCACUCAGCUGUGAAGCUCACAAAGUGACUUUGAGGCUAUCACUCCUUUUCAGCCUACCCAACCUACCCUUGCUUUAGGAGUAUUAGGAUAAAACUGUGUGGCCCCAAGUUCUUUAGUGGGACAUGGGAUAAAAUAAAAUACUAACUACUUAAAUCUGGGGCCGCCAAGACAUGGCACCCCCAAGGUAUGGCUGCGCCCACAGAAGCUUUCCCCUGGUGCACGCAGGUUCCCGGACUGUCCGCGGGCCGGAUUGAGAAGGCGAUUGGGCCGCAUCCGGCCCCCGGGCCUUAGGUUGCCUACCCCUGAUUUAGAAGGAAGAGCUUCAAGGGAUGGAUUUGGGGCAUCAUUAUAGGAAUGCCACUUAUUUAAUUUAGGCUACUUUUUUAAAAAAAAAAGCUGUUGGAGGUGGCAUUGACAUGAGGCAACUAUCUCUCUUAUGCUAAGAGAUCUUCAAGAUGAUGCUUCAUAGAUGACAGCUGUCAAAAUGCCCCCACCCAUCUCCGGCCAACAUACAUUCUGCAGUCAUUCUGGCUUUGUCCAGAAACUUUUUGAGCAGCUGUGCAUUGCAGUGAGUCUAUGUAGCUCAGUAGUGCCAACAGGGACAGCUGCUUUGGUGCAUCAUCCCAUGCCUUGUUUCUGCACUUCCAGGCAGCGCUUGGAAGUCACCAUCUCUGCACCCUAGGCGUUUUGAAGUAACAGUUUCUAAAAUGGAUCUGUUGGUGCAUCGUCCUCCAACGCUUCAGUUUCAAAGUAGUCUCACUAAUGAUUUUGGGCCUGGAUUUCAGUAAAUCGCUGGUUUUAUUUUUUAAGAAAGCUUUAAUGAGAUCUUUAAUAUUACAUAUUUCCUCUUAUCUCAUAAGAAGAACUCCUGUACCUCCCCUUCUGACAUACAUUUAUGGCACAACAUGAAGGCAUUAGAUCUCAUUUCCCGCCCCCCUCAAUAAUGUUGUUGCGCUGCAAAUUGAAUGAUCCCUUUUUGAAGUUCCAAUACGAGUUGCCACUAGCUCUGGAGUUCAAAGUUAAGACAGUUUUAAUGUAGCUUCACCCUGUUAUUAUUCUUUGAAUUAUAGCAGUGCCUUCGGGGCCUCAGCCAAGGCGCCUCCAUUUUAGAUUGUAUAUGUUCGAAAAAGUUUCUGCGUAGAUAGUUACUACUGUUGUGGAUUUUUCUUCCUCUCCAUUGGGGGGGGGGCGGCGAGAAAUAAUUGCCACUUCUUAUUUUAUUAGGAAACUAUUACUCACAUUUUGUCAAACUGUGAUAUUGCAUAAGAUGUGGGAUAUUUCCAUUGCUCAAAGCUUUAAAUAUCUUCAGCACGACACACCCUGCUUCUCUAUCCCAUUGCCCUCGCCUUUACCCUUAACGCUUUUUUUUGGCAUGCGUGUUGCUUAAUCAUCCUUCAAGAAAUGCCUUUUGAUUUACUCACUAGCCCUAGAGUGCAGAAUUACUGGAUGGGAAUGUGCAACAGGCAUUGCAAACUCUGGCUACGGGCGCUGCUGUGUACCGGCAACAGAUUCUCUGGCUUGUGUUUUGUUUGGCCACGCUUAAUGGGGGAAAGUAAGCAGGCAAUAACUCACUUUUUUUUAUUGCAGAUGUGAGAGCAUAUAAGUAAAUGUGUGGCAAUAACCAUUUGAUUGGAACCUGCUUAUCUCUUCUGUUACAUCUGGGUAGUACAUUCCAUGCGGAGAGCAAAGAGUGACAGGUAGAUCUAGCCAAAGACAACUUUUCAGUACAGGGUAGGAAUAAGUACAUACAUACCUGCCUGGCAACUACUUACAUAAUUGUUCGAGUAUUGCCCCCCAUAGAAGCAACUCUGUGCCAGAUUCUGGUUUUGAGUUCUAUAUAUCACAGACAACAUCUCACUGGCAGGAGCUCAACAUAUUUAGACCAGCACUGCUAUUUUUUUUAAGAAAGGAAAUAAGGGCUUGCCUAUUAACAUCUCUCUGCAUCUUUAUCUUGUCCCCAUCCCUCCCAGAGAACAAGUCUCUUGCUGUUCCCACUGUCCUUGAAAGAGUUUAACCUGUUAUCUGUCAUCUGUAUCUGAUAAGAAUAGUUCUCAACCAGCCUUUUUACAUCUUGUUCCUGUAAACAGUUGAGUUUCCCCAUUUAUUUCAGCCUGAUCAAUGGGGCAUCUCCGCUCUCAUUUCAACAGUUGACAUGAUGUUAAAAGUACAAUGCAAAUUCUUUAGUCAUUUUUUCAAGUGCAGAGGCUGACCUUUUAGGUUACAAUCCUAAUCCCAUUUACCUGCGAGUAAGCUACAUUGUGUUCUGCGGAAUUUACCUCUGGCUAGACAUGGUUCGGAUUGCAGCCUUAGUCUGUCAUGAUGAAGAAUACAUGGUUCAUUGAAAUAACAACUACUACUAAAUUCUGUUAUUGGGUGAAUGUAUUUCAAUGUCUUCAUUUUGAAAUUUUGUUCUAGCAGUACAAGGAUAGACCUGCAGCUGGUGAUCAUGGUUCAGCAGAUUUCCAGUAUUGUGUGUGAGUGGGGCUGACAUUUUAAAAAUGCUUACAUUUAAAAAAAAUAUAUAUCUCUGCAAACAGUAAUUUAGCACAUCAAGAGUAAGAUGAAGCCUUUGAUCUGUUUGUUUUCUACAUAGGGGAUGUUUUUACAUACUGAACAUUUAUACAUUCAUAAAUGGAAUGCAACCCGUAAACUGAAAUCUGGUGAUUUUGUAAAUUAGCUGUAGAUUUGACUGGAGUUGAUAAAUGAACCUCCUCAGGGUUUAUCUUUCUACUGGGGCAAUGGCUAAAGGGACUGUCCCAUCCAUACUGAAUGCAGAAAGAAGCUGCAUCACAUGGCACCUCUGAAACGGAAAAGGUGCAUACAUAGCAUUCAGGUACAGGGACCAAGCACUUGUGCACAGUCACCCUUGCUACUCAUAUAUAUAAAGUGUUUUUCAUCUUGAAUUUUGGUGCAGAGAUUAAAAAUCCGGUGAUGUGCUGCCCAAUCCCAGAUAUUCCAGUUGGAUUCAAGUUCCUUAGACUUCAGUAAGGUUUGCUCUCUUGUAAGAACAUAAAGAAUGGCAGCUGUGCAGUGCACUCCUAUGCAUGUCUACUCGGAAGUAAGCGCUGCUGCGUUCAGUGGGGGCUUAUGCCCUAGUGAAUAUUUAGGAUUGCACACUUAGUGUAUCUUUGAACACACUAAAAUAGGUGACAGUUGGCCCUAACUUCCAGAGUGUUUCUCAACAAAACAACAAAAGUCUUGCAGUGCAAUACAUGCUAACUGGUUUGUUUUGGCACAAAUUCCUGCAUUUAUCUGAUGCAGUGGAUUAGUUGUCAGGAGUUUAUGCUAUAAUGCAUUUGUUGGACUUUAUAAAAUGCUACAAAACUCUUAACAUGGGCACUGUGUCUCAGAAAAGAGUCUUCAACUGUCCAUUCUCCUAAGACUACUAUUUAAUGAUGAAGCCUUUCAAAUCUAAUUUUACCAGCAAGGUUGUGCAAUUUUUAUUUUUUGAAGAAGGGAAAAGUCUAAAAUUGCAAUAAGAUGGAAGUGGUGUUCUGCUCCCUGUCUCCGUGUCAUUAAAAAUGUGCUAAAUUCAGAUAAAUCGCAGUCUUUAAUCCUGUUAAUAUAAAUGUGAACCUCUUUGUUUACAGAGAAUGGAACUGUGUGGGACUGACAUGCUGCCUAGCACAGAAAUCCACACCAGUUCCGCCACCUUAGCUGAAGGUCAGUCUUCAGCGUGGUAUCUAUGAUGGAGUCGUUACUAUAAUAAGAAUGUAGUUUCGAGCCAGAAAGUCUGCUGUUGACAGUUACCCUAACCGUAUAAGGAACUUCAUGAACAUACGAGAAGUCUUUCGUGGCAGUCUGGAUGUUUGGUUUGGUCUGGUCAGGGUAUUAAUUAUAGCUACUGCUCGGCUCAUUGUCUUAACGUAAUAAUGAAAAGUUAAUAUAGUCAGCUGAAGCAGAGUCACUUCUACAGUUUCUUCAUGUUUAUGAACAAACCGUUAUUACAGCAAGCGUGGGAAGUAUAUUUAGAUGUGAGGAACGUUCGGCCCUCUAGUUAUGGCUGAACUACAUGUUCCCUGGCCAUUGGCCAUACUGGCUGGGGCUGAUGGGAUUUAUAGUUCAGCAACAUCUGGAUGGCCAUCUGAUUUAGUGUGAGGGUCCCAGUAAUCUCUCUUUGAGACUUCUUCUACCUUAUAAAGCUUCAGCAGUGCUGCAAUAUUGAACCUCCCAAGACCUUUCAGUGGACUCACAAAGUUCAUGACUGAACUGCAUAUUAUGUUAGCUACUUAACAAUAUGAUUAGGGCCUGCUACUUACCUUAAGAAGUGAGAGCGGGACCAUAAAGAAGGCUGAUCGCCGAAGUAUUGAUGCUUUUGAAUUAUGGUGUUGGAGGAGACUCUUGAGAGUCCCAAGAAGAUCAAACCUAUCCAUUCUGAAGGAAAUCAGCCCUGAGUGCUCACUGGAAGGACAGAUUGUGAAGCUGAGGCUCCAAUACUUUGGCCACCUCAUGAGAAGAGAAGACUCCCUGGAAAAGACCCUAAUGUUGGGAAAGAUGGAGGGCACAAGGAGAAGGGGACGACAGAGGACGAGAUGACUGGACAGUGUUCUCGAAGCUACCAGCAUGAGUUUGACCAAACUGCGGCAGGCAGUGGAAGACAGGAGUGCCUGGCGUGCUCUGGUCCAUGGGGUCAUGAAGAGUCGGACACGACUAAAGGACUAAACAACAACAACAACUUACCUUAACAAAAGCAAAAGAGGGGAAGAGCCUGAUUGGGAUAGAAGGAAGGGAAUUAACCCUCUCCACGUCCCCAAUGUCUUUUUUCCUGCUGACAAUCACCUUGAAAAUGCAGUGUCCCCCUGUCAAUAGUGUUAUUGCAUACAGUAUUUGCCCCAUCGCUUUCUACAGAACGUAUCAAAGCAACUUACAGAAUAUUUUAAAAUAUGAUACAACAUAUCAGAUAUUUAUAAUCCAAAAUGCCAUGGAAUACACACACCAUGUAAACACGUUAAAAGUGUUCACCUACCAACAAGAAUGAAAAGGGUGAACUCUGCCCCCAAGUCCACUAAAAAAUGAACACUGAAACAAACUAUAACUCAUACCACACUGUAAUCUACACUAAGAUGAAAAGCCUGAGUAAACAGAAAUGUGUUCGCUUGGCACCUGAAAGUUGAUCGUGUUGGCACCAGGCAAGUUUCCCUCAGCAGGGAGUUCCACAAUUAGGAAGUCGCCACUGAAAAGUAUGUGUUUCUCUGCCUUUCUCCCCGCUUCCUUCAGAGAAGGGAGAAAGGGCUUUUGAUGAUAAUUGUAGGGUGUGGGUAGGUUCAUAGGGGUAGAGGCAGUCCCUGAUAUAGUUGAGUCCCAAGCCGUGUAAAGCUGUCUAGAUCAAAACGAACACUUUGAAUUGAGCCUGGAACACUUUGAAUUGAGUCUGCGGCCAACGUGGUUGGGGAUUUUCAGGGAAUGGGGAAAAGGUUCCAGGGAAUGGGUUUAAUUGACUCACUCUUGCACCACAAUCCUAAUUCAGAUUCCUCCCACAGUGUGGCUGCUUUUGCUUAAACGUGGAGAACCCAAAUCACGUUUUCCACUAGCGUGCUUAUUAACAUCAUGUGUUGCUUGGCCCACAGUGUAGCAGAUGUAAAAAUAAAUGCAUAAACCCCUGUUUGGGCUUUCAGCCAAAUGUGUGAGUGAGUGCACAAAUUGUGUUUGGGAACAUGGUACCACACAUGCUGGCUCAUGCCACCCCCUCCACUGUGCCAACUUUCAUGCAUUUAGAGUGAAGGUCUAGCAGCGGUUCUCAACCUGUGGGUCCCCAGAUGUUGUUGGACUACAACUCCCAUCAUCCCUGAGCUCUGGCCUUGCUAGCUAGGGGUGAUGGGAGUUUUAGUUCAACAACAUCUGGGGACCCACAGGUUGAGAAAGGCUGGUCUAAGGGAUCGUCUAAGCAAUCUCUGCACAUGCUCCCCUUGGGCGUUCACACUGAAGUUCAGGAGUGGAGAAGCAAAGUGCCAUGGUGUGGUGGUGGUGGUGACACCCAGUGCCCCGUCCACAAUUUGUGCCACUAGGCAUUCGUCUGAAUAAAUAACUAUUGCAAGCAGGGCCGUCUUAAGCAUAUCCGGCACCGUGGUGCAAAGCUUUCCGGUGGCGGCGUGUCCCCCCCCUCAAUUUGCCAGAGUUUUUUAGGGAGGCCGGAGGGUCUGGAGGAGGCGGGCAGCGGCUGGAGGGCGGUUCCUCCAGCGGGGAAGAGGUGGAGGCUGGAGGAGGCGCCUCCCAGCUCAGCUGGCCACUUCGUGCCACAGUAGCCACGGCAGACAGAGGCUCUGGGCACAGCGCAGCGCUGCUUCGGCACAGCAUGGUGAAGGUGGGCGAGAGCGGCGAGCUGAUGCCGAGAGGCCUCCAGCCUCCGACUCUUCCCUGGUGCCCUCCACAACUUGGCGCCUUACGCCACUAGCCUCUAUGAGUAAGACACCCCUGAUUGCAAGCAAAGCUUAAAUAUGGGACGUGGAUCAAGGCAGUGGAGUACAUUUUGUGCUUGCCGAUGAAAAGAAACAUCUGUCAACAUCAUCUAGUCACAUCUCUCUUUUCAAGUCUUGGAAUAUCCCUGGCACAAACAACCAUGCCAGCUUUGCUUUAUCUGUGGAAAGAUACCUUUGUGCUAGGAACAGUGUGUUGAGAAGGCACUUCCUAUGCGGACAUAUGCAUGAGAAGGGGCUCAGAUUCCCAUUCUUUGGACAACAGCAAAUAGAUUUUUUUAAAUAAAAACAAAUCCAGGAUUUUAACAUGUUGUUUGCCUUUCAUCUGGUUGAUGUGAUUUUCACCUCAUAUCUAAAUGUAUUGGCCUCAAUCCAUGUGAGUGUGCAUCUAGUGUUCCCUAUGGGAAGAAAACACUGUCAGGAUUAGGGAAUGCAUUGUCCAUAUUGGUUUGCAGCCUAGUGCUGGGAUUUGCUGUGAGUUUCCUUCCUCCUAGGACCUUUCACAAGCUGCCGGUAGAUGUGGACGUGCCUUGAGAGCAAAGCAAGAUGUUCCACUGAAAAUGAUUCACUUGAAUACGUGUAAUUGAAUUCCAUAGCAUAGUUUCAAACAGCAGCUCCUUCUGUAUAAGGAGAUUUUAAGAAGCCUGCAGAGCUCCUUUGGGAGCAAGAGCCUUCUCUAUUCCCCAGAGUCUGGGGGACGGUGUAUAAGAAGCUGUAGAUUAUGUGAAGUACCAUGUAGACAUUUGAAUUUGGGUGAGGAUUUGGAUUGCUCUAGAGCCCUAUUUGGGCACCCAAUUACCAGGCACACAAAAGGGAGAGAGACCUUAAUCCUGCUGGCCCUUUUAUCCCAGCUGUGGUGCCCCUCUCCACUGUACAGAGGACAUCUGUAGAGAGGGAGCUGCUUUAUGUACAUAUGCUCCCUGCCCCCAUUGCACCAGUGUUCAACAUUUGCCAGGCACAUUUUGCCUCUGGUAGGGACGCGAGUGGCGCUGUGUUCUAAACCACAGAGCCUCAGACUUGCUGAUCAGAAGGUCAGCGGUUCGAAUCCCCGCGACGGGAUGAGCUCCUGUUGUUUGGUCCCAUCCCCUGCCAACUUAGCAGUUCGAAAGCACAUCAAAGUGCAAGUAGAUAAAUAGGCACCACUCAGGCUGGAAGGUAAACGGCGUUUCCGUGCGCUGCUCUGGUUCGCCAGAAGCGGCUUAGUCAUGCUGGCCACAUGACCUGGAAGCUGUACGCCGGCUCCCUCGGCCAGUAAAGCAAGAUGAGCACCGCAACCCAGAGUCCGCGACUGGGCCUAAAGGUCAGGGGUCCCUUUUCCUUUACCUUUAUAGGCCACUUGCGACCAAGUGAAGAUGACGUGUCCACCAUCUGGAGGUACAUGCCUGAGGAUUGGGACUGUUUUCACACAUUUAGCAACACACCCUUUAGAAUUUGAUCCGUUAUAUUUUAUCCGCACAAUCAGAAUGAAUUCCAGGAACCAAAAAGUCACAUCGGGAAAAUACGACUUUUGAGCUGCCUGUCCCAAAAAUGGCAACUUAAGGCAUUCUGCUGUGCUGACUGGUUUUGCCAAGCAGAACAGCCUAGUCAGCUAUGGAAGUGUCCAUUCUUGAGUGUGUAUGUGCGCACAUCAGCCGCUCCAAAUUCCAUGACAUAGGAAACAAAUUGGGAGCAUUAUUUGUAAAAGGGCAUUCUUACUAUUUUUACAGUUUGGGUUUUUGUGUGAACAAGAUGUUCCUAACAGGGUAUUUCCUUGUUAUCUUUGCAAAGGCGUUAACGUGUUGUUUUACACAUACACACACAGACACACACACACACACACACGGCACAGUAAAUUUUUCCAUAUUAAAUCCCUUGUGACAUCUAGCCUGCCCUAGCUUACAUUUAUCUAAGAGAACACGGCUUCAGUGGAACUCUUGCUAAGGACAGCAGAUAGCAGAGAUCGCAUGUUCCACCCAAGUUGGCGUUACCACCUUGCUGUGGAAUGUGUUGCUUUGCUUCCAGUGAAUCUCUCCCAGCCUCGCUCUGACAUUCAAGCUGCUCUGUGGCUGACGCUUUUAAACUUGGAAGCUCUUUGCCCAGCGCACAGCUAAAGUCCUGCGGAUUGUUUUUUCUCUCCUUACUGCUACUCCCUGGAGCGUUCUGUUGCUGCUGCUGGGUUGUUGUGUUCAUAUAUAUAUAUAUAUAUAUAUAUAUAUAUAUAUAAUGGAAUUCCAAAGCAGGGGGCACUCCUAUGCCAUUCCAGAGAAUGAAGAAAUCUCGCACACCCAUCAGAACGUGCACAACGACCACGAAAAUGAAGGCGAGAGAGCCGUGUCAAAAUUGCAACGCAGGCACAGUGACGUUAAAGUAUACAAAGAAAUAUGUGACUUUUAUGCAAGAUUGUAAGUUCACUCCGCCGGAGUCGGUUUGUUACUUGGUCUGCUUACUCUAACACGAUCUUGCCUGCUGUUCUCAUGACUGGGGACCCCGCAAUUUAUUAUGAUCUGCACAAUAACAGGAUGCUUUGUAGUUAACUGCAUUUUAAUCAUGGAAUGUGUGCAUGUGUUAGUUAAUGUAUGCAUUAGCUUCUGGUUCUAGAGCACAAUAAAUGCUUUGCGGGAUUUCUGACUGUGAAUUCCACAUUCUUCAAAUACUUUGCGGUACCUAAGUAUAAAAGGCAACACCUCUGUUUCACAUAUUGACAUGAAAUGCUUGUUUGCCAUGCAGAAGACAUUUAAAAAUUACUUUUCUUAAGUUCCAUCAAUAUAAGCUUGGAUACAUUUUUCAUUUUAUUAGCUGAUAUCUCAGCUGGAAUUCUGAUGUAGGCAGCCACACAUCCAUAUUUGCCCAGACAUAAGUCCCAAAGAUUUCAGUUGGGCUUACUUCCAAGUAAUUGUACAUAGGCUUGCAUCCCAACAGCAUUAUCCUGUACAUAGCUAUUACAAAAAAAAAGUCAUGUUUAAUUCAGUAAGACUUCCAAGUGUGUGUGUAUAUAUAUAUAUAUAUAUAUAUAUACACACACCUAUAGCUUUAAACUGCAAUCUUGAACACAUUUAACACAGUGGGACUUACUUGAGUAAAAAUAGAUAGGAUUGCUCUUUUGAGUGCUGUCAUUUGCAGAUAAUAUAUUUGGGGACGUGCACACCAAUAGAGCGUUCAGAGCUUGAUUCUAAGACUUUUCAGUUGCAAUAACAAGUGCCUUGGUUGCAGGGUGCAUCUUGGUGGUUGUUGGCACAUUUCUUUGGAUUUGCAGUAGUGGCCGGUGAAAGAGACCUGGCUCCUUCCUUUGUAGUAUCAUGGCGGCAAUCCCUUACUUCGCUUGUAAGAUACCUUUCAUGGGUUUGCAGCUGCUCAGAAGAGCGUAGCCUGAGGGGAGUGGAUGUCCAUGUCCCAUUGCAGAAUGUAGUCUGUGGCUGUGUUCGUCUUGCAAGCAGAACUGUUACUUUGGAUUGAGGCCCAUGUGAACAGAACAAGAUUAAAAAGGAAGGUCACUUGAACUGUCCUGCCUUGUACGCUUUGUAUGAGCGGGUGGAAACUGGUGAGGCAGAGGAUUCUGCCUCUUCAUUCUGAACUGCUAAGAGAUACUCAUGCAAUUGUCUCCUGGGGGGACCGGAGUUAUAUUGGGAGCUAUUUUGGGAGCUACUCACCACAAUCCAAAGCAAAUGAGGAGCUGCUUCAUACGAGACACUGAAAUUGAAUCUGACAACACGUACUCUAACCCAUGAAAGCUUAUGCUCAAAUAAAUGUGUUAGGCUUCAAAGUGACAUAGGAUUGCUGUUGCAAUGGACUGAUGUGGCUUUCCCUCUCUAAAAUGCCUAGAAUUAAAGGAGACUUUGGGCUACUUCAAAUUUGACACUCCUCUUACCGUUUUUUGGCUGAUUCAUAUACAGUGAUACCUGGGGUUAAGUACUUAAUUCGUUCUGGAGGUCCGUUCUUAACCUGAAACUGUUCUUAACUUGAGGUACCACUUUAGCUAAUGGGGCCUCCUGCUGCCGCUGCGCCGCAGCCACGCGAUUUCUGUUCUCAUCCUGAAGUAAAGUUCUUAACCCGAGGUACUCUUUCUGGGUUAGCGGAGUCUGUAACCUGAAGCGUCUGUAACCCAACAUACCACUGUACUCUGCGGAAGUCUGGGUCCUACAUAUAAUGGAGUGUGAGAGUGUUUCAGGCUCGUGCGUGCACUUCUACACCCCCACCAAACGUACAAAAGUUGUAGGUGUCCGGGUCCUAAAUGCAGCCCUGUUUUCACCCCAGAAGAGAUCAGCUGCUCUCUUGCCAGGUAUACUGUGAUGUUCCAUAAGAGGAAAAGGGGCAUGUGAUCACAUGACCUCCCAGCAUUCUGUUGCAUCCUCCUGCCUGCAGAGUCUUACAUGUUGUGGGAUGAUGUGAACCAGGCCAGCGUCUCACACGCCACACUGAAAUAAAUGCAUCUGGGAUGGGGAACCCAUGGCCUUCCAAAUGUUGUUGCUCCAGCUCCCAUCAGCCUCAGCCACCAUGACCCAUGGAGUUGGAAGUCCAGCAAUACCUGGAAGGCUCCACAAAGAUGGAGGGUGCCCAAUAGCAGAGUGGACAGAGGUGCUUUGGGUGGUCCCACCUGAGAGUGUGGGGGCAGAGACAUUUGCCUGGACCCUGAGGCGAGAGUAGCAUCCUCGCUGGCUUCCCCUCUGCCUCCCCCAAGCUACUCAUAAAGAAAAACUAGGAAGUUGGGUCACCUGCAAUAAACCACAAAGCCCCCAAGAGUCUCUUUAGAGAAGGGGAAGCUUCCCUUCAGCCAGAGUCCCUUACUGGAGGCAAAGUAUCUCUUCACCUGCUUGGAAGAUGGUUGUGGCAAAUCUUGUCCACUGCUGCCACUGCUAUUCCUUUCACUUUUCCUCUUCCACCUCAUCCCAGAAACUUCCCACAAUAGGAAACAGGCUUGAUUGACAGGGGUGAUAUUUCCUGCCUCUCUUUCUCAAUCUAACCCACCUCACAGGGUUGUUGUGAGGAUAAAAUGAAAGUGGGGGGGAGGGCAAGCGUGUACACUGCUAUGAGCUCCUUGGAAGAAAGAUGUGAUAUAAAUUAAAUAAAUAACAGCAUUCCAGAAGUGGGAGCUGCAUUUGCCACUGGUUCCUGAACAGGAGGGCCAGGAAGGCAGUAAAGUAAGUAGGAAAAAGUUGUAUGUUUUCCUGCUGAAUUGGAACAGCUGCCUAUUGAAAAAGAAGCAUGGUCAGCAAAGCUACCUUAUUUGUGUGCUUAACCCCUUUGCUCUAUGUUAUCCUUACAGCAACAUGGCCAACGCUCUGGCCAACGCCAUGUGUGAGCGCUGCCGGGGAGGUUUUGCACCUGCGGAGAAGAUUGUGAACAGCAAUGGCGAGCUGUAUCACGAACAGUGUUUCGUGUGUGCCCAGUGCUUCCAGCAGUUCCCCGAAGGGCUUUUUUAUGAGGUUGGUUCCCCAUGGUCUUUUCACUUUUAUAUUAACUAUUCCCAAACCUGUACUGCGCCAGGUUGUGUAUGUUGGUCAAGGACUUGCCACAGAUAUUGCUUCCUUUCCUGCAGUGUCGUUUGGGAGGCAGUUAACCCAGGGUCAUUUUUCUUUACGACUGAUUCCAGGCCACUGGCAUGCUUGAAUUGGGAUCAACUUCUCUCCUUUAACCUGUUUUUUAAGUGCCAGGACCUACCUCCAGCACAUUUGAAAUGAAAAUGCAGAAGAUAGCAUAUUUUGAGCACCCGCAGAGUUCAGCAUAACUACAGACUCCACAGUAGUGUGGGGGACCUUUGGCCCUAGCCAUCGGCCACGCUUGCUGAGGCUGAUGGGAGCUGUAGUUCCUCAACAUCUGGAGGGCCACAGCUGCCCUACAGCAUAACCACAAGCUGAUCCAAUACAGCAGUUAUUAGGAAACAAAGCUUUUCAAUCAGCCCUAACAUACAUGUUUAGACAUUAAGCACCAGGCAACAGAAUUCAACUUUAAAAAGCAGCAGUGUGUCGGGUAAAUAAAGAUGUCCAUCUGUGGAGUGAUGACUUACCUAUCUAUGGUUUUAACUUUCUGUUUUAUUUAUGAACGAGAGUUUUGCCCUAUGCUUUCUCCAGGGAGCUAAAUGUUGCCUCUCUGUUUAACCUUGUUAGCAACCCUUUGAGUUCAAUUAGACCGAGAGAUUGUGACUGACUCGGUGAGGGUUUGUGGCUGAUUAGGCACCAGAACUCAUGAUCUACAAGGCCCAUGUUUGGCAAUCUUAUCUGCUUGGGCUUAGAACUCAGUCACCUGUAGCUUCCAGCUGUUUGCCAUAGCGUGCUGCAACACAGAGAGUUAGCAACACUCGUAAGAGCUUGCUAAAAUUAGGAGUGCCAGUGCCAAGAUGUCCAGAGGAGAAAUGAAACCAAAUACGUAUUUGCUAGAUGUAAAUGAGGAAGUCCACAGAAAUGUUGGCACAUGUUUAAGAGAUGCCCGUCAUCACGAUUAGAUUUAAGGCAGGGAGCUGACCACACUGGUCAAAUAUAGUUUGUGAUGGGCUUUACUACCAGAGGUGCUGCAUAGUUAAAUGAUCAGAAAACUUUAGCCUGCAAGAGAACAGUGAGGUGAUGAUGGGUGAAGUUAGCAAUCUGGAAGGCGUAUGCAGGACAGUAGAUAUUUUUAAUAAGGGGGCACACUUUUAAAAAAAGUGUAUCAACUUUGCAUGCAUCUGUUCUCUAUGAAGUCAUUGCUUUAGUGGUGCAUUCACAAAGUACCUGCUUUGCACAUAACUCCGUUCGGGCACCUCUCAGGUGGGCGCCACUGCCAUUAUAGGAGAACAAGGAGAGUUCUAGCACCUCUUUUUCUAGAAAAAUAGCACAGAUCACAACUUUCCUUAAAGCAGUGUUCUGGGACCCUCCAGAGGUUGUUGGUUUUCUAACUCCCAUCAGCCCCAGUCAGCACAGUUGGGAAUGAUGGGAGUUGUAGUUCAUGAGCAUCUGUAGGGCACCAUAUUGGCUACCUCCAUUGUGGGUUCAAUCCUUGGGGAUUUUACAGCUCAUUUUUCUAAGGCUGAGGCAAUGAUUUUGAAUCUGGGUUUGGUUGAAUGGCAUCUUUCUUUUGACUUAGUCCUCCUCAGCCCUUAAGUAUCAUUACUAUCUUAUGUUGAUACCCCAACACAUUACAAUUUCAAAGGCUGCUUUUUUCACUGUGAAAAACUCCUUGUCCAAUUAUUGGUCCAUCUAGCUUAGUACUCUCUACACAGAGGCAGCGGCUCUCCAAGGAGACCCCGUGAUUUAACCUGGAAGUUUCUACAUUCAAACCAGGUGCUCUGUUACAUUUUCGAUGAAUGCCAUUAUCUGUCGUUUUGUACUAUUUUGAUCUCCUUUCUCAUCCAUGAGAGUGAAGAACCAAGAGAGCUCGCUUUAUGCCAGAACCCAUAUUUAUUUUGUGUUCAACUUUAGCAAACCAAGAUCUCAAUCCUAAACACUCUUACCAGGAAGUAAAUUCCGCUAAAAUCCAUUGGACUUGCUUCUGAGCAAAUCUUGGUAGGGUGUAAUUAUUUGCUGCUUCUGUGAAUACUGUCAGUGUAUUUGUUUUAUCUGUUGGAAUAAAAGUCCCCAAGAUGCCCCCAAGGAAUCGUUCAACACAUUCAGCUGGGGAGGGUGGGAAUUUCCAAAAAGUUAGCGAAAUGCAUAGAGAUUAGCAACUAGCUUAUGGGCCACUUGAGACAAAAUUCCCCCCUGGAAGCCUUUAAUACUAGGAACUUAGGCAUACGUCACCGUCAAACAAACUUCACUUCAAAGUAUGGAUUUGUUACAGGUCUUUGAAGCUUUCACCGAUAGAUCAAGAGGAAGAUGAAAGUAGACUUGGCCAGAAAAUCAGGCAUAAUGAGCCAGAAAAACUAGAAUGUAAUUACAAAAGUUAUUGAGAAUAACUGGGCUCUAUUUGCCAUUGAGCAGCUGGAUGAACGUGUUCAGUAUAUGCCUUGCGUCACACAGUGCCAUGGACCUGCAGGGCACAGCAUAAUAUUUAGACCCCAAUUGGAGGAACUCCUGUGAUCCCAGACUAGAUUAAUAGUAUAUGGCAGGCAUGGAGAAUUUCAGCCUGUGGGCCAAAUUAAGCAAACCAGGGGUCCCUGUUCAUUUGGGCAAUCCACACUCACUUGCCUUACACUUGGUGUUAUGGUAUUGGUCAGCUGAAGACACCUUUGGGCCUCAUGGAGUUUGCAUAUGGAGCUAUGUGAGUCCAUUGAUCAGCUGAUUGCCCUUGCAAACAAAAGGAGGUCACCUGACCUUUAAAGCCCUAAACGGCCUCGGUCCAGUAUACCUGAAGGAGCGUCUCCACCCCUAUUGUUCUGCCCAGACGCUGAGGUCCAGCGCAGAGGGCCUUCUGGCGGUUCCCUCACUGUGAGAAGCAAAGCUACAGGGAACCAGGCAGAGGGUCUUCUCGGUAGUGGUGCGUGCCCUGUGGAACGCCCUCCCAUCAGAUGUCAAAGAAAUAAACAACUACCUGGCAUUUAGAAGACAUCUGAAGGCUGCUAGAUGGGUGGGGUACAAAUUUAUUAUUAUUAUUAUUAUUAUUAUUAUUAUUUGUUGUUGUUGUUGUUGUUGUUGUGACACCAGGGGGUUGGCUGCGACCACCUGGCAAACUUUGCCCGCACUCACUUCUGCAUCCCCUAAAACAUUUUUACCAUCUCCUUUCUUAAUCCUGCCACCUUUCCAGGUCCACCUGGGUCUACAGUACUAAGUUGUUCAGUGCUUUAACCUUCUCUUUUUCUGGGAGCAGGAUCCAGAUCCACCCGGGGUCCUGAUCUGGCUGUGGUUUUGUCACAGAGAGAAACCUGAAAUAUUUAAAUUUCUGUAAUAAACGUUGCAGUCUGCCUCAUGGGUGCCUGCCCCCCCACGCACAUACCGUAUUUUUCGCCCUAUAGGACGCACCGGCCCAUAGGACGCACCUAAUUUGGGGGGGGGGAAUAAAGAAAAAAAAAUGUAUUCCCCCCCCCAGCCGCGGGGGAAGCCCGAGCUUUUAAAAACGCACCUACCGUAGUUUUUAGAGGAGAAAAGGAUAUCUUCCCGAAGCACGGGGUGCUCUGCUUCAGAGCGCCCCACGCUCCGGGUGGCAGGCUACUAUCUGCAGCCUAGGGAGCCCUGCGGGAACUCCCACGGGCUCCCCAGGCUUGCUGAUAGCUUCCUGAAGCCUGGAGAGCGAGAGGGGUCCGUGCGCACCGACCCCUCUCGCUCUCCAAGCUUCAGCGAAAGCCUGCAUUUGCCCCAUAGGAUGCACACAGAUUUCCCCUUCAUUUUUGGAGGGGAAAAAGUGCGUCCUAUAGGGCGAAAAAUGCGGUACUUGGAAGUUAAUCUGAUUGACAUAAUAAGUACAUUGUCGCAUAUCCUGAAGUGGGGGUUGCAGUCUGUGGAAUAAUGAUUUGUAUGCCCAUUUAUAGAGAUGGUGGGUAUGAAUAUUCUCGUCUUUCCAGACGUGUUUCCUGCAAUACAGUAGAGUGCGGUUUCAGGAAACGUAGAGGACAGAAAGGAUCUAAUGAGCCAGCAGAAAAUGCUUCCUGUUCUGAAUACCAGCACAGGUGUUUAUUAUUUUGAUCCAGUAAAGCAAAUGUGACUACGAGCUGAUUCCGUGCCCAGUUUUUUUUUAGCAUCCUGUCAGAAUCCAGCCAUCUAACAUAAACUCCACCGCAGCCUGCCAGAUUUCUUGUGCAAAUCAUUCCCUGUGGCAUAAUAAUAUACAAGCAGAACUUGUUAAACAAUCCGAUGGAUUAGCAGAGCUUCAGUUCCUUUCUGCCAUAAAAUCAGGCUGGAUCCUGAUUGAAAGAACCCGGAAAUUGUACGACCAUUUAUAUGUAUGAAACAUGAAGUGAUGAAGUGCUAUACUUUUCCGUAUUCCUCUAAAUUCCUCUAUGUCUUACUUUUUCUAGUUUGAAGGAAGGAAAUAUUGCGAACAUGACUUUCAGAUGCUUUUUGCUCCUUGCUGCCAUCAGUGUGGUAAGUUCUAGAAAAUAUAUAUAUCUAUAAAUUUUUAGAAUAUUUUAUAAAGAUAAUGUGGACAUCCAAAUGUGGGAGGAGAGGCACAUAUGCUGUUUAAAGAAAACAAAGCAGGUCUGGAACACAAGGAAGAUUUUGUUAUGUAUCUGCCACAAUGAUGACUGUCUACGCCAGAUGGUAUUCAUCUGAACAUCAGCCUGCUUUGGGCAUUUGUUUGUUUCUCCCCGCAAUUAACACAGAGAAGGAAGCAUGGGCAAAGGCGCUUGUUCUCCACCAUCCUCCAUGAGUCGGGAGGCGAAAGUUUGUAGUGGAAAGACUGCUCUACUGCUGUAGGGCUCAGUGUCUGAUUUAGAAGCUACCACGUACCUCAGUGGUAGUGUGUUUGUUUUGAGUGCAGAAGGUCCCAGAGUCAAUCCCUAGCACAGGCAUCCCCAACCUUCGGCCCUCCAGAUGUUUUGGACUACAAUUCCCACCAUCCCUGACCACUGGUCCUGUUAGCUAGGGAUCAUGGGAGUUGUAGGCCCAAACAUCUGGAGGGCCGCAGGUUGGGGAUGCCUGCCCUAGCAUCUCAAGUAGGGUUGACUCAAAUCCUAGAGAGACACAGACAGUGAGUGCAAAUAAUCCUGAGCUAGAUAGACUAAUGGUCUGACUUAAGACAGAUUCCUGUUAUGUGUAUAAAUAAAAUUUUGAUGAUAUGCAAAGGAGCAGAGUAGCUCACAGCUAGGAAGCUAAAUAACUCUUCUAGGUGAUUGAUAGCUUCUUUGUAAAGACUAUACAGUCGUACCUUGGAUUUCGAACGCCUUGGCUCCCGAACAAAUCGACUCCCGAAUGAUCGAAACUGAGAAGUGAGUGUUCCGGUUUUUGAACAUUCUUUUGGAAGCUGAACAUCCGACGGGGCUUACGAGGCUUCCGAUUGGCUGCAGGAGCUUCCUGCAGCCAAUCAGAAGCCGCGCUUUGGUUUCAAAACAUUUUGGAAGUCGAAUGGACUUCUGGAACGGAUUCUGUUAGACUUCAAAUGUACAACUGUACAGACUUCAUAUUCAAAAGAACUUCACUUUCAUAAACAUAUAACUGAGAAGAAUAUAUUUACAGUCUCAUGCUUAUUCAAACAUGGGUAUGUUCUCACUUGAGUUGUAGAUUGAAGUCUUUUUACUUAGACUUAUAAACAAAACUGUUGAGAAUUGCACCAGAGUUUUACCUCACUCAGGCCUUACAGUUUCUUAUGAAGGGUUUGGGGUUGUUAUUUUUACUUUCGCUUUCAGCAGUAUUCUCUUUGCUCCUUUCAGAGAGUUUCUGCACAGGUUUCUCCCUAUUAACAUUUAGGGAUCUUCCUCUGUCUGUUUCACUUCAGACAGAUCACACUGACACAACACUGUCCUCAGCAGUAUCCUGAAAAACCUCUCUCAGCAGCCAUUCUCCUUACACAGAGAAAGAUAAGCAGCAGAAAGCAGUUAAAAACAACAGUUACUGGAAUAACAGUCACAACAGAAGUGGAAUACCUCUCUUGCGUGACUCACAAUCAGCCAAUCACAAGAGAGCUACUGUCGGGCGGGGGGGGGACCCAUGUUAAAAGUACACAGUAAUUUAACACAAGUAAACAUUCCCAUUUCAGGAAAUUGCAUUGUUAUCCUUAACACUUCCUUAGUUCCUAAACACUUUUCAAAUCUACAGCCUAUUGAAUACAAAAAAAAAAAAUGCUUUUAACUGUGGUAUUUUUUGUGGCAUCUGUGCCUGAGAGCCUCCCUACUAUUCCACAGACAAUUAAGGCCCCAUGGGAGGCUAAACUGGGUCUCUAGAUUGUGGCAUGUACCGAAUCCCACUUAAGCCUCCCUAAGUUUGUUUCACUUAAAAGUAAAGUGAAGGUUAUUAAAUAGGAAUUCCAACCUUCAAAAGUAACCAGACUAAAAUAUCUUGUUUCCCCCACUUGCUGUGCCCUUUGGCAAGAGACUCAGGUCAAAUAACUUAAUUAGAAUGAGAUAAUAUUCUGUUUAUCAGGCACAGGAAUGCUAUUUCUGGAUCUAACUGGGAGAUUCCUGAAGUAACCUAUCUUAAAAAAAAAAAAAGGUCAGCAGAAAGAAACCGAGAGUUGUCUCGGUAAUGCUGUAGACAGAAUUGAGUAGGAUUUUUCCAGGAGUGUCAGAGCUCUGCCUUAAUGUGAGGGGUGGAAUUAGAUAGGAAUCAGGAGUUUAGAUCUUGCUUUCCAUACAGCACCGAGGCAGCUGCAUGUUCCAAGUGGAUCUUGGUUCUUGCCCAUUUUGGAAGGAGAAAGUGUUCCAUAUACUCACAGGUCUCUAUCUUCCACACCCAAUAAAGUCCCCUGGAUUAUGGCAAUUGUGUUUAGAUGUCUAGAAGGAGGAAUCUCCAGGUCAGUUCACCCCUAGGGAGAAACCUGAUAUGAAUUGCCUGCAGGCAGCAGUGAAAUCUGCAAAGGUAAAAGGAAGUUUUGUGUCAGAGCUGGAAAAGGAGAGGUGACUCCCAAACUGAGGGAAAUUGCAGCAUCUUAAAAAUAUAUGAGAACUAUAGUUCUAAGAUACUUUAUUUAUUUUUAUUAUUAUUUUGUUAUCCAUUACAAUCCCGUCCUUUCUGCACAUGUCCAUUAUCAUCUUGUUGUCAGCCCUCUUAAUGGCUUUAUUGGCAUCCUGUUUUUGAGUGGAAGGAGCAUUAAAUUAUUGGAAGCCCAAAUUACAAGACACUGUAGUUAGACACAGUUUUCCACAGUACUUCGAUUUCCAGAUUAAGAGCUUCUUUAGCAGUCAUUGACUAAUCUCCAGUGUUAGCCACAUUUGGAAAAGACACAUUGAAAUUAAUGAGCUGAAGUCUACUUUUAAGUAUGACAGACACUCAUUGUAUUUCUGUGUUUCAUUUUUGCUUUGUAUUGUAUUACUUCAGGAACUCAGCUUGACCAAAAUUUCAUUGGGUAACAUAAAUUUCACUGGGUAAAAUUAUCUGAAUUUGCUCGUUGAGGUUGAAACAUGGUAGAAGACAGGGAUAUAAAAAUAUUGUUGCUAUUUUGCUUUGUUUACUUCCGGGAAGACACAGAUAUUUUGGGAGGAAUUCAGCAAAGCGCUAAGCAGAUCCUGGUGGAACGAUCUGCCCUCUCAUUAGUUAUAUCCCACACCAUAUUAUUAUCUUCAGCACCUUAGCAUUUAAAAUUAAAUCUCUCUUUUUUUAACAUCCUGGUAUGUUAUUGACUUGCAGGGGAAUUCAUUAUUGGUCGUGUUAUUAAAGCUAUGAACAACAGCUGGCACCCAGAAUGUUUCUGCUGUGAUAUCUGCCAACAGGUAUUGGCAGACAUUGGGUUUGUGAAGAAUGCUGGCAGGUAUUGUUCAACUUCUUUUGUCUUGACUCUUGACACUGAGCAUUGUAAAUUGAUGGCAAGGUCAUAACGAUUUCAGGGACCCAUGUUAUCAAAAAUAACGCAGUAGCUUAUAAAAUGGUGGCCAACCUUUGGCAUUCUGGAAGCAUAGCAUUAAACAUAUUUCAAAACUAACCAAGACAUCAGUUGCAAACGGGUUUCAUAAAAUCAUGGCUGUUGUAGUUGCAUUCAACUUUCUGGAGACGAAAAAUGCUAGACUCCCCACUGGCCCUACCACCUUUCAUUGAGGGAGUGGCUGUCAAUGAGUGACAUUUGUAUCCUGGAAGUACAGGGCUGGAACCAAAGAACCGUGCAUGGAAGGAUAAUUGCCACGGUUGCUCUGCAAAUUUUUGCAGUGCUAUAAGUAAGUCCCAUGCUUCUGUGUGUGCAAGAGGUUGCGCAAGCAGAACAUUGUCCUUGGAUUUAGUUUUUCUUUUCUUAAGCAAUAGUUUUGCUUGAGAUAUGAAACAGCUCUCGGGUAAGAAGAUCACUUUGGCAUGUGGAAGAGCAGAACCCAGCUUUUAUGCUGCCUCCAAUCUAAAGGUUCUGCAACCAGCAGACCUAAGGAGAUGCUCACAUAAUAUCCAAGAGCUACAAUAUACUUUUAUGGUAUGCGGGUGGCGCUGUGGGUUAAACCACAGAGCCUAGGGCUUGCCAAUCAGAAGGUCACCGAUUCGAAUCUCCGCGACAGGGUGAGCUCCUGUUGCUCAGUCCCUGCUCCUUCCAACCUAGCAGUUCGAAAUCACAAAGUGCAAGUAGAUAAAUAGGUACCACUCAGGCGGGAAGGAAAAUGGCGUUUCCGUGCACUGCUCUGGUUCGCCAGAAGCGGCUUAGUCAUGCUGGCCACAUGACCCGGAAGCUGUACGCCAGCUCCCUCGGCCAGUAAAGCAAGAUGAGUGCCGCAACCCCAGAGUCGUCCACGACUGGACCUAAUGGUCAGGGGUCCCUUUAACUUUACCUUACAAUAUACUUUUAAUAUAUUUAAUCUGAUCAUGAUAUUAGAAGAUCCUAACUCACUGCAGGCUAUAAGCCUUAUUGACCUUCUGCUCUAUAAUGGCAUUCUGAGACAAUUUUCAUAGGCUAUAAUACUGGGUCAGCGCCUACAUCAUUGUUCUGCACCAAAAUAUAGUUUUAGAGCAGUUUUUUAUUGGCAAAAUUUAUGCUUGCACAUGUUAUAUUUGAGAAAUUUAAAGGCAGAGAAUGACUUUCUGUAGGAAGACCAGUAAAAUAACUGUUUUAUGUUAAGGCUUUGUGUGUGUGUUUUGUUAUGGAUUAUUGCUAGUUUCUUUUCUACAAAGCUGAAGCAAAAGCCCUUGUUACAUUUUUGUGGGUUAAAAAUAAAAUACAACCCAGUUAUAGGAACCUGGUUCCUUUUCAUUGCUGUUUCUUCUUUGCUCUCUCUUAGACACCUUUGCCGUCCUUGCCACAAUCGGGAGAAAGCCAGGGGCAUGGGCAAAUACAUUUGCCAAAAGUGCCAUGCUAUCAUCGAAGAACAACCCCUCAUCUUCAAGAAUGACCCUUACCACCCCGAUCACUUCAACUGUGCCAAUUGCGGGUAACAGGAACUGGGUGUUUUUGUUUUUUAAAUCUUUAGAAUGGAAACUUUAGUAUAACAGUAGUUGAUAAUUAAGCGUGAAUGCAAAUACACAAUACUACCACACAUUUACCAGUGAAUAAGAUAUUUAUAAACCUCUUGAAGCCUGGUCCCAAAUAAUUUCCAUUGUGUUCAGUUGGGGUGAGUGUGUGUAGGACCCAUUCUGCACAUACUUUUGCAGACGUAAGUCCCAGGUCAUAUGUGUGCGUAUGAUCACUUUACUUUCCUCAGCAAGACCUUUUUAGCUGGGAAGAAUUUGGUCUAGCUGAGGCUCUGGCUAGUAUAAACUAUUCAGGUUUUUACACUCAACUUGUAAAAUAGCCUACUGAGAUGAGAGGAAUUUGGCUGAGGCACAUGGGCCCUGCUUCUUUAAUUCUCUAAGCAGGAUGUUAAUUUUACUUUUGAGAAGGGUUGUAUUCAUUUUGCCCCAGAUGUAUUUUACCUCAGCAGGAGUUCCGUGAUAUCACUUUGAACAGCCUGCCUUCUGCUGAGUGGACCGUCUACAGAUUUUCACUGGUGCACCAAGCAUUAUUCGCCAUCCCUUUUUGGCGAUUCUCAUUUUGUGCAACAGGAAUCCCCACUUGAAAUGGAUGCCAUGGGGUUUAAAUCUGAAAAAUGGUUUGUUUUCCCAAGGAUCAUUUCAUAUGGCAGCUUUCAUGCUGUUGUAUUUGAUUUUCAGCUGCUGGCUCAACAGUUCCCAAAUAUUUUGCUGCAGGUAUUCAUUCUAGUUUGUAACCAAAUCUAUAAUAAUAAUAAGAAGAAGAAAAUCAUGUUUUCUUUUGCCACUGUAUCCACCAGCUGGAAUGUAUGCCUGUGUUUUCCUUCGCUGUGUCUUCACAUUUCUUUUGGUACCUCCUGAACAGAAAGGAACUUACUGCUGAUGCCCGAGAACUGAAGGGGGAGCUGUACUGCUUGCCUUGCCAUGACAAAAUGGGCGUCCCCAUCUGUGGAGCAUGCAGGAGGCCAAUUGAAGGACGAGUGGUGAAUGCUAUGGGCAAACAGUGGCAUGUGGAGGUGAGCCUUGCGUGUUGCUUGCUGCUGUAAGGAUGGGUGCAACAACCUAGAUAAUAAUAGGUCAGAGAAAGGAGACCUCAAAAUAGGGAAUUCUGUGUAAUUUCGUAGGUUGUGGUAGUUUACUUUUAAAAACAUUCUUUAAGGAGCACAAAAGGGACGUGGGUGGCGCUGUGGGUUAAACCACAGAGCCUAGGACUUGCCGAUCAGAAGGUUGGCGGUUCGAAUCCCCGCAACGGGGUGAACUCCCGUUGCUCGGCCCUGCUCCUGCCAACCUAGCAGUUCGAAAGCACGUCAAAGUGCAAGUAGAUAAAUAGGUACCACUCUGGCGGUAAGGUAAACGGCGUUUCCGUGCGCUGCUCUGGUUCACCAGAAGUGGCUUAGCCAUGCUGGCCACAUGACCCGGAAGCUGUACGCCAGCUCCCUCAACCAAUAAAGAGAGAUGAGCGCCUCAACCCCAGAGUCGGCCACGACUGGACCUAAUGGUCAGGGGUCCCUUUACCUUAAGGAGCACAAAAGAGAACAACAAAAAAGGAAGUACAAAGGAAAAUACCAGAAUAACCCUCAUCUAACCAUUUUAAGAGUUUUACUUAAGGUUUUAUCCAGAGUUUUGCUUUGUGCAAUGUGACUCUCCUUCCUUUCAUUUCCUCACAUGCCCUCAGAAUUAGCUGCAAUGUUCUGGAGCAAACACUUAACUUGCUCCAGUACAGUGAGUUAAGAAGCAAAAAUUAAAUUAUUUGCUCAAGAUCACAUAGGGAUGAAUGCAGGUGAAUUAUCACUACAUAAAACUGAAGGUAACCCAUACUUCUUCCCGCCCCCCUUGCAGCAUUUUGUUUGUGCGAAGUGUGAGAAGCCAUUCCUAGGCCACCGUCACUAUGAGAGGAAGGGGCUGGCGUACUGUGAGACCCAUUACAACCAGGUAUGGCUGCGUCUUGCAUUUUGUACAUUCGGCCAGAGAUGUUUAGUAUGUUAACUCUGAAACUUCCCUUUGUCUACAUUUGUUGUCUCGUAGCAAGUGCUGGUAUGUGUCAAACCAUGUAGAUUUGACAUUCAAUGGAUAUACAGCAUUUUAUGAGGUAAAAAAAAAAAAUUUUGAACAACAAUUUGCUUGUAAAGCUUCUAAUUCCAUGAUAGCCUACCUUUAAUAGGCAAACUUUUAGAUUGGAAUAUCUCCCCCCCCCCUUUUUUUUUUUAUUGGUUCUUCACCUCAGAAACAUAUUUGGAGACCUGGUUUAAAUUUGAAGCUGGAAAACUAUAUUGCACAUUUGCAAUAUUUUGCACUGUGGCAAUCCAAUCUGUGAAUUCAAAUGCAUGUGUGUGUUUGUGUUUAUUUCAGCUUUCGUUACACAUAGAAAUCAUUUUUUUUCUGGUUAAUUACCGUAUUAGAAUUAUCAUAUAAAAUAUAGACUAAAAUAUUCAGAAUGCAGUCAUUUUUUUAUUUCAGCUUGUUUAAAACUUUCCCAUCUGAGGUUUGUGUGUGUGUGUGUGUGUGUGUGUGUGUGUUUAUCGUGUUCAUAGGUCCUAUUGAUCCUUUCACAUUUCCAGUGAUCUUUAAUAAAUUAUUACUGAGUCGUUGAAGUUUAAAGACUCCUUUCCCUAUUAAUAGCUUUUUGUGUGUGCGCUUGUUUUUAACAGCUGCCAUCGUAAAGAUGUAGAGUACUGCAUGAGAACCUAUUGUGAAAUCCUAGACUGUGCAUUGUGCUCACUUUAAACUGGGCACUGUUUAAGAGUGCACCGCCAAGUGGUCACUUGGGGUUAUAGCUCAGACCACACACUACACGCAGAAGGUGCCAGGUCCAACCUUUGGCGUCUCCAAAUCAGGCUCGGAAAGACAUCUGUCUUGUUGGAGAGCCAGUGGCAGUCAGUAUAGCAGACAGCACUGAGCUAGAGGUCUGACUUGGUGUAAAACAGCUUCUUGUAUUCCUAGCUCAGUUGGUAGAGCAGGAGAUUCUUAAUCUCAAGGUCAUGGGUUCAAGCCCCAUGAUGGUCAAAAGAUCAUGCAUUGCAGGGGGUUUGACCGGAUGACCCUUGUGGUUGCUUCCAACUCUACAAUUCUAUUUCUAUAUCUGAAUGUGUUGGCUCCAGUUCCUGGCCCCCUUCUUCCCCAGCUCCCCUGGGGGUUGAGGGAUCCUGCUGAAUGGGGCAGGCCAUGACACAAGGGUCCAAGAGGAGCCCCGAAUAUCUGGUAGAGGGGGAAAUGGGGAUUUCACCUUAGCCUCCUGUACCACGGCCCACUUCACUCAUCAGGGUCCCUCAAGGGAGCAUUUUGGGGGGGGGCUGCAGGAGGGAGGAGGAAAGUCAGCUUCCACAAACACCAUUGAAGGCAUAUUUCUCUCAAUCCAAACUAGUGUGUGUAGCUUCUUUUUUAAACAAAUCAACUUAUAAUUACUUAAGAGAUUUCCCCUCCCCCUACUUAAUCUGUUCUGCUAAUGAGAAAACAUAUGUUUUUAAUAUGUCCCAACUGCUGAUUUUCAUUUUCUAAAGUUUUAUGAAUACUUGCAUGACUAUGGAAUAUUUCCCCCAUUUCCGCAGCUCUUUGGUGAUGUUUGCUUCCACUGUAAUCGUGUGAUUGAAGGAGAUGGUGAGUCUCUGUGCAGAUGCACUUGUGUCUUCAUUUCAGGGUUUUUUAAAAAAUAAUAAUAAUAAUAAACCCACUUAAUACAAGUGAUUUAAGAAAGGAGAAGCACACUGCAGGAUAACAGUUGAAGUUGAGUUCAAAAUAAAAUACUCAAAAUGAAAUACUCAUGAUGCUAAGCAUGAGCCUGAAAUAUUAUUUCACGAAACUGUUUAGGCAUUGAUAGAAGAAGAAGAAGAGGAGUUUGGAUUUGAUAUCCCACCUUUCACUCCCCUUCAGGAGUCUCAAAGCGGCUAACAUUUUCCUUUCCCUUCCUCCCCCACAACAAACACUCUGUGAGGUGAGUGGGGCUGAGAGACUUCAGAGAAGUGUGACUGGCCCAAGGUCACCCAGCAGCUGCAGGUGGAGGAGCAGGGAAUCAAACCCAGAGUUCACCAGAUUAGGAGACUACCGCUCUUAACCACUACACCACACUGGCUCCCUGCAGGAUAACAGGGUUUCCAAGUCAGCUUAUAGUCAGAAAACAGCAAUCACAAAAUAUAGUGAGGCAAAUGAAAGUGGACUUGAUUUGAAAGUUCUCAGAUAGAUAGAUAGAUAGAUAGAUAGAUAGAUAGAUAGAUAGACUGAUUUAAUUUCUUAUACUGUCCUUCAUCCAAAGCUCACGGGUGGUUUACAAUUUAGCAACACAAAACUACAUACCAUAAUAACAAACAAAAACACAAUUUGUGGUUUAGACCACAGAGCCACCCGCGUCCCUAUUGUGUAAAUAAUAUGCAGUUUCAAACAACAUAAUAGUGAUUUCAAAGACAUUGCUGUGGAACAUGGGUGGCUCUGACCACUGAGCCUCUUGGGCUUGCCGGUCGGAAGGUCGGUGGUUCGAAUCCGCGUGGCGGGGUGAGCUCCCGUUGCUCAGUCCCAGCUCCUGCCAACCUAGCAGUUUGAAAGCACACCAAUAGGUACCAUUGCGGCAGGAAGGUAAACUUGUGUUUCCAUGCACUCUGGUUUCCAUCACAGUAUCCCAUUGUGCCAGAAGCAGUUUAGUCAUGCUGGCCACAUGACCCAGAAAACUGUCUGUGGACAAACGCUGACUCCCUUGGCCUGAAAGCGAAACGAGUGCCGCAACCCCAUAGUCGCCUUUGACUGGACUUAACCGUCCAGGGGUCCUUUACCUUUUUUACCUUACCUGCCAUGGAAUUCCGAUAAAUAUCAUCUACUCUGUCGCUGGUAAACAGACGGCUAAUCCUGUCAUUUCUCCUCUUUCUCAGUUGUGUCGGCAUUGAACAAGGCAUGGUGCGUGAACUGCUUCGCGUGCUCUACUUGCAACACUAAGUUAACACUCAAGUAAGUUUAUCAGAUGUUCAUGAUAAUACAUGAAGCGGUGAUGUGGCCAUGUUUGUACAUGAUGUCAAACCAUGGUUGGUUUAGCGCCGCAGCGUGGCUUGUUUCUGCAGGUUAACACGCCCUGGAUAACCAUUGUUUGUUUGCUGCCGGCGAUGUUGCUGAACUCCCAUCAUCCCUGAACACUGGCUAUGUUAGCUGGGCCUGAUGGGAAUUGGAGCACAGGGUUCCUUCAUUGUAGUAGUGUGCUUUUUGUCUUUUGUGAGUCGCCCUUAGAGACUUCGGCUAUGUGUGGAAAUGGGGAAGCCCUUGAUGGUGUCUCACACCUGCAUUGAUGAAGCCAUUAACGAUGCAGCCUCUGCCAAGUGACAGGGACACCUUUUCCUAUUAGUACAUUUACUACUUUAACUCUGUUUCUGUUUCCUGCUGAAUUCUCCUUGGUUUUGCUUCACCUGUAUCUUGAUUCUAUCCUGUUCUCUCCUCCGUUCCUUCUUUUCCCCACCCGUGAAGGGACAAGUUUGUUGAAAUCGAUCUCAAACCUGUCUGCAAACACUGUUACGAGAGAAUGCCGGAAGAAUUUAAGAGGAGGCUCGCCAAACGGGAGCGAGAAGCAAAGGAUAAAGACAAACACAAAAAGAAAAAGCCUGUCUGCCUGUAAACAUGCUCUCUUCCUACCUCCCAGCAACUGCGCUCCUUCCUUUCUUCCUUUCGGUCAGUUUUAGGGAGUUCUCUUCUUUUUAGCUUUCAGGGGCAAGAAACCUUUUGCUGCCCCUUGCCUUCUGGGCAGUUUUCCAAGGGGCACAUAUCAGUGGUGGGUGGCCCAAGAGGCAAAAGUAGGUGGGACUAUGAAUGUCUACUUUACUUUUAUACAGCAGGCGUGGUCCUCCAAUGAACACCACACAAAAGGGCAACUUCAUUCUGAGUAACUGGACUAAUUUUAAUAAUAAUAAUAAUAAUAAUAAUAAUAAUAAUAAAUUUUGUUUAUACCCUGCCCUCCCCAGCCAAGACUGGGCUCAGGGCAGCUAACAACCAAUCAUAAAAACAAGUUGAUUGAAAUACAACUUAAAAAACAAGAUUAAAAUACAACAUUAAAACAUUAGGAUGCAGUCUCUUCACAGGAGAAAGGAAAAAGAAAGAGGGGGAGGGAAUCAAACUGAUUCUAAGCCAAAGGCCAGGUGGCUUACAGGCCCUGCAGAAAGAAAUCAGAUCCUGCAGAGCCCUGGUCUCAUGAGGCAGGGCGUUCCACCAGGCCGGAGCCAGUGUUGAAAAGGCCCUGGCUCUGGUUGAGGCUAAUCUAACUUCCUUAGGGCCCGGGACCUCUAGGGUGUUGCUAUUUAUGGACCUUAAGGUCCUCCGUGGGGCAUACCGGGAGAGACGUUCCCGUAGGUACGAGGGUCCUAGGCCGUGAAGGGCUUUAAAGGUCAAAACCAGCACCUUAAAUCUGACCCUGUACUCCACCGGGAGCCAGUGCAGCUGGAAAAGCACUGGGUGAAUGUGGUCCCAUGGCAGAGACCCCGUGAGGAGCCUCGAUGCAGCAUUCUGCACCCGCUGGAGUUUCUGGGACAUGCAAGUCCUUUGUCCCCAAAACACAUAUGGAGCUCUCUAGGUGACAUACUCUUCUAGCGCUGAUGUUUGUUUUGUAUUUGUGUCUAUUAGAACAUAGCUAUUGAGGCUGAGGUGACAGGCAACUUGAACAUAUCUAUCCCAAGGCAUUUGAAAAUAUUUAUCCCAAGGAAGUUCCCUGGGAACAAAGAUAGUGGGUGGUAGUCAACAAAGUUUUACUUAGACUAGACCUCUGGAAAGUAAUGGACCUAACUCAGUCAUAUUCCUUAAUUCCAGUGAGCCUGCUCUGAGUAAAAUUGAGUUGAAUACCACCCUGUGCACCCACAGAGCAAAGUUUUGCCACCCCUUUCAUAGGAUACUGUUAGACCAGGGAACUUCUUGCAGAAGCACCUCUACAGUUUGUACACCAAGACAGGAAAAGUGUCUUCCAUCAUUGUGACCACCUCUGAACCUGAUAAGAAAUAAUGGCAAUCUGUGGAUUCAAGAUUUCCCCAACAACAUUUUAAAUGGAUUCAUAAUAAUGAUUUUAUUUUUUUUAAAAAAAAACAUGGUUCAUCCUUAAGAGUGACUUUAGGUGUGCAUUUUGGGGAGUCAGAGCCAUAGCUUUUACAAGCAACAUAACAUGUCUGACUUUUUUUUAUUAAAAAAAUCACUUUUUAAAGACACCAUCUGUGUGAAUGCUGCAGAGCACUAUUCUGUGCUGCACAGAAUAUAAUUAUAAGUGAGGUGGCAAUCACUAUUUUUGCCUGCACUUCUUUCUUUAUGCGGGGAGGGGAGCGAGCAAGACGCCCAGAAGCAUAAACUAAUACAGUGGUACCUCUGGAUGCAAACAGGAUCUGUUCCGGAGCCCCGUUCGCAUCCUGAAGCGAACGCAACCCGCGUCUGCGCCUGACGUCAUUUUGAGCACAUGUGCGAGCGGCAAAACCUGGAAGUAACACAUUCUGUUACUUCUGGGUCGCCGCAGAGCGUAACCUGAAAACGCUCAACCUGAAGCAUAUUUAACCCGAGGUAUGACUGUAAAGAUAUGUGUGAAACCGCCCUAAGACACCCACUUUCCCCUCAGAUGUGGGAAUUUAAAUUAUGAUUCCUUAGAGGACUAGUACAAAUCCUUGUCUUUAUAAAAAAAUUUCCAAAAGUAAAAAUAGUGUAACCUACACUCAGUUUGGGGUGGUGGUAAUUUAUAUAUAAAAUUAGUUUCCAGCAAAACCUAUGAAAAGAUUAUUAUUUGCGUUAAGACUUUGUUCUUUCCCCACUACCCCCCCUUUUUUGUUCAUUUUAGAAACAAGUUUGUGGAAUUUGAUAUGAAGCCUGUCUGCAAGAAGUGCUAUGAGAAGUUCCCACUGGAGCUCAAGAAGCGACUGAAGAAAUUGGCUGAGACGUUGGGAAGAAAGUGAGGUCCUCCUCUCCAGAUCUCAUCUUGCUGUGCAAAGUUUAGGAAGUGAUAUUACAGACUUAUUUUUGUUGAGUCUAUGAAACCUAAGUGCAAAAAAAGGAGAGUAUUCCUCUGCAUGACUAGCUUCAUAUUAAAAUGUUUGCCUCGCUACCUUGACAGUAUACCUCUAAAAACCUCUUUACAUGUUAUGUAACCUCAUAUCCAACCAUUUAAAUUCUGAAUUUUACACGUAUCUAAAUUUGUAGAUAUAUACAUUGUAUAUUUGCUUAGUAAGGGGCAACUGAUAAAGGUCCCAGUUGGUGCUGAAUAGCCUAAUAAUUUAACAUAUCUAGCAGAUCGCCUCACCAAAUAGACCAAACCUCAUUUUACACUAAACUCCGGCAUAGUAUGUUUUGCCAUGCAAGCGAAGCACAUGGUUCAAGCAAAUACCCUGAGGCUGAAAUUCUGUACAGACUUACCCAGGAGUAUGUACCAUUGAAUUAUGUGGGACUUCUGAGUAGACAUAUGUAGGAUUGCACAGCUAAACCCAACAAGAGUGUUUGGCUGGAUCGUGGUAGUAGAAUUGAAUUGCUUCCGACACACAGACAUUCUUGGACUUGAGUUGAAUGUCUUCUACUAGUGUUCUUGUGGCAUAAGUGAGGGAUUAGAGGAUUCUAGCUGAUGAAGUACCUUUUCCUUUGCUGUGAGCCCUCAUAUACACUAAAAAUUAUGAGUCUAAUGCACACACUUCAUGUUUUUGAGGCAAGGAGUUAUUGUUGCUUGAAGUCUGUUUGUGAACUAAUGAGAAAUGACAUUCACAUUUUUUAAGCCCUGAGGAAAGCUUUAAAAAACAAAACGAACUAGCAUUCUCAGCAUUAGAAGUCCAUAUUCUGCCAGGAAGCCUUGUUGAUCAUGCCUGCUAACUUACCAGAAAGAACUCUAAAUAUCCAAGACUGCAGUCUUAGAUCCACUCAUCUGGAAGUAAGCCCUAGUGAACUGAGUGGGUCUUACUUUUGAGUAGACGCAUCUAGAAUUGCAUUGUAAAUUACAGAGAUUCCAUUCUUCACAGCUCCUUGGAUGUGAACCAUAACGAAGCCUAUACAACAAAUGCUUUGUUCGGAGAUUAAUAGCGUUUGUAAUUAAUUGGUGUGAGCAGAGUCUUGGCUGUAGUUCUCAAAGAACUACAGAAAGACAACUCUGGAAUGCAUCAUUUGAAGACUGCAGCUCAGAGCUGGAAACAGCAGCAUAAUAGUUCUAUAUCGCGAGAAAUAUGUCUACGCAGAGCUACUUGAAUUUUGUGGAAUCCUUCUAUGUAACAGAAAUAUUCCUCUGUGCUUUUGUAUUUCAUUUCCUUCUUGUGCCUUAUUCUGCCAUACUUAAGCAAUAUUAGUCAAAUAUGUACCCUUUGUAUACUGUUAUUUUGUAUUUUUAUGCAGAAAAUAUAUGCCCAGUAUUUGAAAAGGUUAAGCAUUUUUAAGAUUUGGUUUUUUUCUAAUGAUGGAAGAUGCUUGAGUUUUUCAAAAACACUUUUUCCGACUCAGCUUAGUUAUUUUAAAAUAGUAUCUGAAAUAGAAAUCUGAAAGCAUCCCGGUUCCAACUGAAUGCCUGUUGUGCCACUAGGUCAAUAAAAUACACUGUUAACUACUUGCAA